GUUUGGGUGACAUAAUGAUUGUUAUUCACAGCCUGAACAUCAGAAAUAGAAAGAGUAAUAAUAUAUUUCAAAAACUGGCUAAUGGUUAAAAAAUGUGCUUUUGUUUUUAUUCUUGAGUUUUAUUUUACUUUGUGUUUAUUUCUUUUCCAGGAGGGUGACGUAAAAAUUGAAGAGCAGGGACCCAGGGAGAGGGAGAGACUGGAGUGCAAAGGAAAGAAACCUCCUGCCGGCCAAGUUGGGACCAUCAGGGAUCUUCUGCCUCGAGCAGAUUUAUGUCAGAUUAAGCAGGAGGCAGAGGAGGGGCAGCCGCAGCAGCACUGGGAGGCCCAGAAGCAGGAUUUCCUGAAGACGAUGCAGCCCCCUCGUUCAGGGUGGGAAACCCCACAGGCUCCCAGUCCUCCCCACUCCGGGGAUGGUGUCCUCUCCUUCAGGGGAGCUGCGGAUGCCAGUCGGUGGCCCAGUGGGAGAGCAGGGGGAGCAGACCAGACCCUGCUCCCAGACACUGAGGGGCUUCUGGGAAAGGUAAGUGCCCUCCUCUCACCUGGGUUUCCAGCACCUGGAGGUCACAGGUCCACUGCCUCUCGACAUGGAGGUUCUGUUUAGCUAUGGUGGUGGAUAUUCCUCCUCCCUUCACUUCCUCUCUAAUCCACUUUAAAAAGCCUUGCUAGACCAAACUUUCUUACACAUGGGAGGUUUGCGAUCAUAUCUCCUGAUGUUGUUACUUUAAUAAAGCAACCACAGGGGACUCGGAAUUUCAUCAGAGCAGAAGCUACGUCAGAAGAGGGGUCCUUCCACCAACCCCCGUUUUCCUCCUCUAAAUUUCCUCCAUUCCCCCACUGGGGUAGAAAUCUUGGCACGUCUUGCAGCCUCAGCGCUGCCAUGUGCAGUGCAAAUAGAAUAACACUGGCCUACCUUGCAAGAUUGUUCCAAGAUUUAUUAGGAUAAUGGCCAGGUUCAGAUGACUGAAUCACAGCCUGAAAAUCUGGGUUAAAAAUAGGAACAGUUUGUAAUGCAUUGCUGCAGCAAAGUUAUGCUAAAGCCUAAGUUGACCCAAGUUUAAAACAAAAAACUCUAGCCGCCACCACAGUCUCCUGGCCCCCACAACCAGAAUGCAUCACUCCAGGAAGGACUCCCACCCAACCUUUAGUGUGAGAGGGCAAAAGAAAAGGACUCUGCAUGGGUAGUUGCACAAAUUUACCAGCUGUGGUCCUGCACUGGCAGCGAGGCUAACAAACAGGGGAGCUGGGAAUGUGCUGGUCCCGUAUCUCCCUGCAUCUGCCUCCUGACCUAAUUGUCCCACCUUACCUCAUGAUUGGGCCGGCCCUGAUGGGGAACUGUGAUGAAGCCAUAACUAACAAACUUUCCAUUUUGCUCAAACCAGGAAACUACGGCUGCCAGCUUUGGAAUAAGCUAGGAUAUUAAGCUAACUUCAAACUGUGUAGGAAUGAAUCCACGACAGACGAGAGAGGCAGGUGUAACAUGAGGUGUCUGCCAGGGCGGACCCCGUGAGCCUCUUUUAUUGAAUAUUACAAACAUUGCCACAGGUGGGCCUGUGGCUGAUUGGUUGAUGCAUACACAAAGAAACUUGUUGCUGAUUGGUUAACAUAAGUACAAGGCGGGGAUUACAUGUGAGAGGUGGGAAUUACAUAUGUUCAUUUAUCACUAAUAGAUUAAAGGCUGAGAAACGGAGCUGGAACUAGACAGGCAUGAAGCCUCCUAAUUAAAUUAUAACUAGAGAUUGAUAUGGCAUAAAACAAUUACUAAUGAUUGAUCAUAACAUGAAAGAAUACAAUAAUCAAGUUCUGUAGAUGUCAGCUAGGCAUGAAGAGCAGGUCAUGUUGUUUUCCAUGAACUUAGGAUGACUGAACAAGGAAGGAAUGUCUUGUUGUUUGGAACAGGUUUGCACAGGGUGUGCAGAAGCAGGGAAAAGAUUAUAAGCAAGACUUCCCAGAAUGCAAGAGAAAAGGAGCAAGGCUUCCCCAUAAUGCAACAGUUAUGGGCAGAAGGAAAACUUCCCUUUAAAACUGUGCAGGAAACUCUGGCUGAUCAGUGGCUUCGUGGUUUGACUGAUCCCACUGAAAGCAGUAAAAAUAGGAAGCCCUGUUGCGUUCAAAGGGGUUGUUUGGACAGAGUCUCUGAUCAGCAUGCCUAGCAGGACAGGCUUAAAAAGGUAAAGGGACCCCUGACCAUUAGGUCCAGUCGUGACCGACUCUGGGGUUGUGGCGCUCAUCUCGCUUUACUGGCCGAGGGUGCCAGCGUACAGCUUCCGGGUCAUAUGGCCAGCAUGACUAAGCUGCUUCUUGCGAACCAGAGCGGUGCAUGGAAACGCCGUUUACCUUCCUGCCGGAGCUGUACCUAUUUAUCUACUUGCACUUUGACGUGCUUUCGAACUGCUAGGUUGGCAGGAGCAGGGACCAAGCAAUGGGAGCUCACCCCGUCUCGGGGAUUUGAACUGCCAGCCUUCUCAUCGGCAAGUCCUAGGCUCUGUGGUUUAACUCACAGCGCCACUCGUGUCCCAGGACAGGCUUAGGAAUCUAUUAUUAUUAUUAUUAUUAUUAUUACUUGCAUCCUCCCUAUCUGACUGGGUUGCCUCAGCCCAUCUAGGUAGCUUCCAACAAAAUAAAAACCAUCAAAAAUUUCCUUGUAAAAGGCUGCCUUCGGAAGUCUUCCAUUUCUUAGAAAUGGCCUUCAGUUUUAAAGAAUUGCCCUCUUUAAGGAAUCACGUGAUGUAAACAUGUAUGUCGUCCUCUACGUCCAAACACACACAGACACACACAUAGUAGGAACAAGCAGUGCUUUAAAGUGCUUAUCUUGCAAACUUGCCAUCUAAGUUGUUUACUCCUGACCAAAGCUCCUGUUUCCCAAAAGGACAGGAGAGGGAGCAGAGGAGGAAACCGAUGGGUUUGAAGGCUCUUUCCCUCAGCUGCCUCUCUCCCUUGAGGAACAAGAGAAAAGGGUGUUUGCAGGGCAGGAGGACAGAGGAGGAGACAGCGAGGGCAGAGGGAGCAGUGGGCGGAUCCACCGCCUCUCCAGGGGGUCCUGAUGCAAGCAAGGGGCUUCCUUCUUCUCCAUGCAAGGGCCACCCAUGUAUUCAGAGCAGUCCUUUGCAAAUUAACUCUUAAGUUCUAUGGGAUCUACUCUCAGGCCACUAAUGUGCAUACCAUGCCAGCCUUAGGAAGGGAGGUGGGACAGGCAGGUGAAAGGAAUUGCCAAAGGUGUUUGAAAAUGGGUGGAGGGUUUUGGGAAGGGGAUGCCCAAUUGGGGCUUCUCCAGGGGCAGCAGAAUGUCUUGGGCAGGAGAAUUCCUGAAAGGGCUCUGAGACUCCCUUGGCUUCUUCUUCCCUCCCUCCCAGGAAGCUGCAACUUGCUCUGGAUUCUGCGCUCCUCAGGAAGCUGAACCUGCAAUCCUAGCUGAGACUGAACCUGCAACGCUGGCCAGGAUGGAAGGAGGAAGAUGGACAGUUGACCUGGUCAGGCUGUCUCCCGCAUCCCUCCCCACAACCUCUGAGCAUUCCCUCCCAGAACCCUUGGAGAAAUCUGGUGAGUUCCAGGGGAGAGGAGAUGGGGACAGGGAUAGAUGGAUGGUGGAGGGAGAAAGGGGAAAUGAUGGAGAGGAGACAAAUGGAAGGAAGUUCCUGACAGGAAGAAGGAAGUUGUGAGGCCUUCUCCAAAGCAGCUCUUUGUUUCUUGAAUCCUUUUCGUAAAGUACUGGGUGCAGAUUUUCUUAGGUGAAAUCUUAGGUGUUAUUUCCACGGCAGGAAUAAUUGAUGAUAAUGAUGUUGCACACCUGUCAGGGGUUCAGGAGCAGAGGCAAGGGCAAGGGAGGAAACAGAGAGCGAGGGAGAGGAGGCAGAAGAAAAGAUGAGUGAUGACGACGACCCGAGAUCUCCGAGUCUUUCCAGUGAAUCAGAAGAUUCACAGAAAGGAGCACCAGUGGCCAGGGCAAGGGGGGGCCUAGGGGGACACCCCAGGAAGAUAGAGCCAGAGGGGACUCAGAGGGGAGCAGUUGGAAAUCAGGACCAGCGUCACCGCCAGAGAGCAGGGAAGAGGAAGGGCGCCAGGGAUCAAGCGCUGGCAGCUCACAGGGGGGAGGGCACGAGUCAGGAGUGGCCACACCUCCAUCGGGGAGCGAAGAAACGGUCAGACGGAAGGUGGAAGGUUGGGCGCGCGUGCCAAGUUCAAAUGCACAGGAAGGUGGCGCAGUAGGCAGCCCGGAAAGGGAGCCAGGUCCUAAAGCCCGCCGAAAGGAGGGAGAAGAGUCAGGGGGGUCAGCGUCAGCGUCAGAGGAAUCCCGGAAGGAAGAGACCCCGGGGGGCAGAGGGACCCAGAGAAGAACAGUCAGGCGGAAAAGGUGGAGCAAGGCUAGGAUAUUAAGUUGGUGUACAAGGGGCGGAGACUCAGAUGGAGCUUCGCCGAUCUAACCAUGAGACGUAGAGUUGCACGCAGCAGCUUGAGAAUGGAAACUGUAACUCAAUAAAGACUUUUAUUUAAUGAUCGCUGGCUAGCGUGAUCCUCUGUGAGCUAGGAUCUGGAAGCAGCUCUGACAGUAAGCUCCAUCUCAAGAUUGUGGGCAUCUACGUCCUCGCGGAGAGGAGAGAAAGCGGGUGCCUACUAGCGAGCUCACGAACGGCAGACAACAUGACGGCCGAACAGCAGAUAGUGGAACUCAGAGAAGCAGUGACACGACUGAAUGCCGAGGCUCUUGCAUCCAGGAAGAGAGAGGAGGACGCAGCUGCCGCCUACAGGGAUCUCCAGGUCAGGUUGGAAGUGCUUACGAAGCAAGGGCAACUGACACCCAAACCGGAGGGGAUUGGGUUGGGGAGACGAACAGGCGGUCUGGUCUCUCACUUCGAUGGGAAUUUGCAACAGUACCCCAACUUUAGAGCAGAUGUAAUGUGUGCACUGCAACUGCUGAACAAAGACUUUAGAGAUGAGCAAGAGAAGGUGGGAUUCAUCAUGUCCCAUUUGCAUGGAGAUGCUAAAGCAUGGCUGCGCAAUUUGUGGAGAGAUAAGGAUCCGGCGCUCCAAAAUGCGGAUGCCUUUAUUAAAGCGAUGGAUGGGUGCUUUUUAUCAAGCAUUGACGUGGAUCUUGCUCGGCAGGAGAUACAUGGACUGAAGCAAGGGAGGGCCAGCGUAAGGCAGUACCAUGCCCGCUUUUUCGCUUUGGUCAGUGCCCUGGAAUGGGACAGAGAUUCGGCUCCUGUAAGAGACCUGUUUUGGGAGGGAUUGCACGGCUCGGUUAAAGAUGAAAUUGCGAGGGGGGAGAGACCCCGGACCACGCAGGAGAUCGUUCAGAGGGCGCUGGCGGUGGGGGUGCGGCUGGAAGGACGUCCGUGGAGCAGGGACGAAGGGCGUGGAGGGCGCGAACCAGCCAGGGGCUCCUCCUUCCUUCCCAGAGAAGCAGCGCGUGCGCAAUCCACGCCUCCGCCAGGAGGAGGAGCGGAACCUAUGGAGGUUGGAGGUGCAAGGGCUCAGUCAGCAGCCAGAGCCCUAGCACCGGCAGCAGUGAAAGCGAAGCCUCCUAGAGGGAACAGGAAGUGUUACAUCUGCGAUGAUCCACAGCAUAUGGCGAAAGAGUGUCCCCAGAGGCUCCACAAGCACACUGCAGCCUCAGCAAUGGUAACUGCAGCAACGCAGCAAGGACAACCACAGCAGGGAAACGAAGGAGUCUGGUUGGAGGAAGAGGCACUGGGGCCCAGCCAGACGUGUCAGUGAAGCAGUCCCCAGAGAUUUUACAGCCCAUGGACCCCCUCCCGCCCAAACCGGUAGUGAAGCUCACCGCGUCGCUCCAGCUGCCCAAUGGAAUCACCAUGGACGUGCCAAUCACCAUUGACUCCGGAAGCAAUGCGGACUUUAUAGGGCAGGACUUUGUCGACCGGCACGCUAUACAGUUGCUGCCUGCCACGCUGCCCCUGCAGGUUGUCACGGUGGAUGGCAGGGAGCUGCUAGGGGGGCAAGUGGUGAAGCAGACGCCACCAAUGGUGAUGCGACUUGGGAAUCACAGGGAAAUCAUCAGCUUCAAUGUCACUCAACUAUCGGACACGCCCAUUGUAUUGGGCAUGAGUUGGCUGGACAAGCACAGCCCGACGCUGGCUUGGUACCAGAGGCAGCUGACCUUCGGCUCUUCCUUUUGCGCUGAACACUGCAUCGUGCCCAGGCAGGAAGGAGGGGAAGAGGAGUCACAGCUGCAGCUAGGCACGCUGCAAGCGGUUCCCCACAAGUACGCAGAAUUUUUGGAGGUUUUCUGCGAGAAAGAGGCAGACAGGCUACCCCCCCACAGACCAUAUGACUGCAAAAUUGACCUGCUGCCGGGGGCGGCGCUGCCCAAAGGGAAGCUGUAUUCCAUGUCUGAGGACGAACUGCAGGAACUCAAAGAGUUCAUAGAUCAUAAUUUGGAGCUCGGUUUCAUCCGAGAGUCCAAGGCAGCGGGGGGCAGUCCUGUAUUCUUUGUUAAGAAGCGGGACACGCCCCAAAAAAGACUUGUAGUGGACUUUCGCAUCUUGAACAGUGUGACCAAGCCAUCGGACUUCCCCAUGCCCCGAAUCGACGACCUCCUCGCAAAGGUACGGAAGGGCGGAGUGUUCACCAAGUUGGACCUGCGAGGGGCAUACAACCUCAUUCGCAUGCGGGAGGGAGAUGAGUGGAAGACAGCCAUGUUCACGCCCCUGGGCACCUACGAAUAUAGAGUUAUGCCUUUUGGAUUGCAAAAUGGCUCCCACGUUUUUCAAGCUUUCAUGCAUCACGUGUUGGCGGGGCUCCUCUACAAGACGUGCGUCUGUUUCUUGGAUGACAUCCUGAUCUUUUCGGAAUCGCAGCAGGAGCAUGACAGACACGUCAAGGAAGUGCUGAGCAGGCUACAGCAACAUAGGCUUUCCGCCAAGCUGGAGAAGUGCCAAUUCGACGUGACCGAGGUGGAUUUCCUGGGCUACAAGUUGUCUGAUAAAGGGCUCGCCAUGGACAGCGCCAAGGUCCGAGCAGUGUUGGAUUGGAAAAGCCCACGCAACCGGAAGGAGGUCCAACGGUUUGUCGGCUUCGCGAACUUCUAUCGCAAGUUUAUCAAAGGCUUUGCGAUGCAGACAGCGGCCAUCACGGACACGCUCAGCUCCAAGAAAAGAAGUUCAUCUGGACAGAGCAGGCGGAGCAGUCCUUUCAGGCACUCAAGCGUCUCUUCGCGUCGGAAGAGCAGCUGCUUCAUGUCAACCCCAGCAGGCCGAUGAGGGUGGAGACAGACGCUCGGACAGAGCCGUGGGAGCAGUCCUGCUGCAGAAAGACCCGCAGGGGGUUUGGAGGCCGGGAGCGUUUUACUCAAGGAAGCUCAGCAAGUCCGAACAGAACUACACCAUCUGGGACAGGGAGUUGCUGGCCAUUCAUGCAGCGUUCAAAGCGUGGAGGCACUUCCUGAUCGGCGCCAAGCACACGGUGCAGGUCUGCACGGACCACAAGAAUCUAGAGCACUGGCGCACGGCACAGUUCCUGAACCAGAGGCAGAUACGUUGGGCUGAGUUCUUUGCGAAUUUCGACUUCCGAAUAGAGUAUGUCCCGGGGGACACCAACAUCAUGGCGGAUGCUCUCUCCCGUAAGCCACAGUAUCUGGAGGAGGCAACGCCAGCGGCCGCCAUGCACAUCUUCGCACCGACAGUGUGGGCGUGCGCGGCGGCAACAGUUGACCUGGAUGCGGUGCGACGAGCGUUGCAGGAUGACUCCUUCGCGCAAGCAAAGAUGGCAGAGGUGCACAGGGGCACGGCAGCGACCGACGAGUUCCAGCUGCGAGAUGGUUUGCUCAUCCGUAAAGGGGCCAUCUACGUGCCGGGAGACGAACUCGCGCCAAGGUACUGCAGCAGCUGCACGACGCGCCCACUGCCGGGCACUUUGGCAAGGAGAAGACGGUGGAAUUAGUAGCCAGAGACUUCUGGUGGCCCGGAAUGAGAGGGGAGUCGCGGACUACGUGGCGAGGUGUGACACCUGCCAGAGGUCCAAACCAGUGCACAGACCGCCGGCCGGACUGCUGGAACCGCUGCAAACUCCGUUCGAGCCAUGGGAGAGAGUGGCCCUGGACUUUGUCACGGAUCUGCCCAGCUCGAGGGGCAAGACGGCUGUGCUGGUGGUGGUGGAUUUGUUCUCCAAGAUGGCACAUUUCAUUCCGUGUGCGAAGGUGGCCACGGCGGAACAAACCGCCAAACUGUUCAUAGACCACGUGUUCAAGGUUCACGGUCUGCCGCGGUCUAUUCUGUCCGACCGAGGGCGACAGUUCAUCUCGAACUUCUGGCAGAGGCUGAUGGGCUUCCUGAACGUCAAGAUCAACCUGGCGUCGGCUAGACACCCGCAGACCAACGGGCAAGCGGAGCGGGUCAAUGCCAUCAUGCAGCAGUACCUGAGAUGUUAUGCGAAUCAACAGCCUGCGACGUGGGUGGAUUACCUGCCUCUCGCCGAGUUCGCCUACAACAACACGAAGCACGUGUCCACGGGGGUCACGCCGUUCUUCGCCAACAACGGGAGGCACCCUAGAACCUUCCCGGGACUGGAAAGAAUGGGGGAGGGGGAGCCGCAGACAGCAGAUGCGUUCGCGUCGGAGUUGCAGGAGGUCCACGAUCAGCUGCGGCGGCACCUGGAGCUGGCUAAACACGCAUACAAGGUACAAGCGGACAAACACAGAAGGGUUGGCAAAGAGAUCCAUGUGGGAGACUGGGUCUGGUUAGCAGCCCACGCAGUGCCGGCCAGGUCGUUGGCGAAGAAGAAACUAGGGCAUAAACAACUGGGGCCCUACCAAGUCGACGAACAGGUCAACCCGGUGGCUUUCAGGCUGGCUCUUCCGGAGGGUUCCAGAAUGCAUCCGGUGUUCCACAGAUCGGUGCUCACUCCCUACAAGGCACCUCACAGGUUUCAGGAACCAGGAACGGCACCGGGUCCGCUCCGAGAGAGAACCGGGCAAGGGGGAGUGGCACAGGAGGAGCGCAUCAACGAAGUCACGGAGAUUUUGGACUCCAGAUGGGGGGAGAGGGGGGUAGAAUACCUUCUCGCCAAGGAGGGCACCCCGGCCAGUGCCAACAGCUGGGUGCCGGGCUACGCUUUAGACGAACCUCUGCUCAAAGAAGAGUUUCAUGCCCUCUUCCCACAUAGGCCAAUGCCAGCAGACUUUUUCGACGACUGGCUUUUCACGCCCACGCUUUCAGCCAGCACGUUCCGGGGGUUCGACUCGGACGAGGAACUGACACGAGACGCCCGUUCCCCAGAGGGGUCACCCUCAGGAUCUGCUUCAGAACCCUCGUAUUGGUGGGAUGAUCGACCAGAGGAGCAGUUCCGCAGAAGGUGGCUGGAGGGUCCAGGACGAGCAACGUCUCCAGAAGGCAACGAGGGAGAGACGGACAUGGACGUUUUCGGGGACGACCCGGGUUUCGAGCACGGCGGCACAGAGAUGGAAGCGGAGGUGACCGUCGUCAACGAGAGCAGGGAGGAAGAACCGGAAGACUUCGGAUGGCGGCCCGCCACGGGAAGCGAACUGUAUCCGACAUUCGUCCCCCUGACACGGCAGCACCCAGAUCCCGCACCGGAAGGAGGGGAGGGGGGGAAGAGGGGGCUUCGAGGGGGGGAUGGAUGUCAGGGGUUCAGGAGCAGAGGCAAGGGCAAGGGAGGAAACAGAGAGCGAGGGAGAGGAGGCAGAAGAAAAGAUGAGUGAUGACGACGACCCGAGAUCUCCGAGUCUUUCCAGUGAAUCAGAAGAUUCACAGAAAGGAGCACCAGUGGCCAGGGCAAGGGGGGAGCCUAGGGGGACACCCCAGGAAGAUAGAGCCAGAGGGGACUCAGAGGGGAGCAGUUGGAAAUCAGGACCAGCGUCACCGCCAGAGAGCAGGGAAGAGGAAGGGCGCCAGGGAUCAAGCGCUGGCAGCUCACAACAGGGGGGAGGGCACGAGUCAGGAGUGGCCACACCUCCAUCGGGGAGCGAAGAAACGGUCAGACGGAAGGUGGAAGGUUGGGCGCGCGUGCCAAGUUCAAAUGCACAGGAAGGUGGCGCAGUAGGCAGCCCGGAAAGGGAGCCAGGUCCUAAAGCCCGCCGAAAGGAGGGAGAAGAGUCAGGGGGGUCAGCGUCAGCGUCAGAGGAAUCCCGGAAGGAAGAGACCCCGGGGGGCAGAGGGACCCAGAGAAGAACAGUCAGGCGGAAAAGGUGGAGCAAGGCUAGGAUAUUAAGUUGGUGUACAAGGGGCGGAGACUCAGAUGGAGCUUCGCCGAUCUAACCAUGAGACGUAGAGUUGCACGCAGCAGCUUGAGAAUGGAAACUGUAACUCAAUAAAGACUUUUAUUUAAUGAUCGCUGGCUAGCGUGAUCCUCUGUGAGCUAGGAUCUGGAAGCAGCUCUGACACCUCCCCAUUGUCUCUUUGCUCACAAAUCCUGUCUUAAGAGCAUAUCUGUGUAUGAAAAGGGUGAGCCUGUGACCUGGAUUCAGGAACUAAAGUAUUAACCAUCACCAAAAAUGGCCAGGAUGCCCAGGUAAAAGCAAUCAAUGACCAUUAUCAGGUAUCCUGGCAGACAGGUUUUCUGCUGUAGACCACCCAUUCUGUGAUGUAUGUAUGAUGUUUUGGGGGGUGGUCUUGAGCUACAGAGGAGGCAAUUUUCAAAUGUCUAUAUAACAGCUUGCACACCAUUGUUCUAGGUUCCUCUCCUCCCUCCCUGCAUGUGGGGAGUGGGGGACCCUGUUACAACAGUUUGAUAAAGAUCAUGCUUGCUAGCUGCUUUGCUUCUCAAUAUUCUCUGGCUGGCCUGUUGUUAUUAUUAUUAUUAUUAUUAUUAUUAAUAAUAAUAAUAAUAAUAUAUUAUUACGGUCAGAGACCAGCUUGCUACUUAAGGACUCUAUAUGGGCUUUUAGAUACUCCAUAAGGGAGUAUCCAUAAGGGAAAGGGAGCAGUAUUUUUAGUAUAACAGCUGCAUACAGGUAUUACUGGAUAGAGCCAAUCGUCUUCCACCCCCCGUACAAUUAUGGUGUUUGGGAAAAAAGGGGCUUUUUCCGGGGGUACUCAAAGAUCCACAACAUUCCCCAACUGUUCAAAGUAUGGCACUUACUAUAACAAUUCCAUGGUGAGUACCUGCACCUUUAUUGCUUUAAAAGCAAGCACUGAAAAAAGGGGUUGCUUUUAAAAUUUAUUGCCUAAUUUUUCAUGACAGAAAAUGAAGCAACGAACUCCACCUCGGUACUUACAAAUUAAAAUUGCCCUCCACUUUCUCUCAGUACUUCCCACGAAGAAUAUUUAUUUCACAUCCAUAGUGUACAUUCAGCACGUAUUGAAAGUACAUGGUUCCCCCAAAAAGAUUCAUGGGAGGGGUUGCAUGUGAGGAAUUAUUUGGCAGUUAGUUAGUCUGUCCGGCAGCUGCUGCUGCUGCAAGUCCCUGUUCAAUGUUCCUUUUUUUAAAAUAAUUUUUAUUAACCGGCCAAUCAAAUCAAAUUAAAUCACAUCACAUAAAUUCCGAAUUACAAAGCCGAAUUUUAAAUUUUGUUGGGGGGACCCAUAUUUCAAGAUCUGAAGGGAGAUUCUGAUCAUCUUCUUGCUACUGCGUUAAUGUCCAAAUCAGUCCAAAUCAAUCCAAACAGAGUUCAUAAUUCUAUCCAGUCUUAUCUUGCUGUUUCCACAUCACAUCUUGUUAAUAUAUUUUCUCUUUUUUCUUUAUGAUCUCUUCUGAUAGUCUCCUUAAGCCGAUAAACACCAAUAAUAAUCCUGUGUGAAUUUUUCCGUGUUCUUCCAAUCGUCAAAUCGAGAUGGUUUCCAUAUAUCAUCGCCUUCAUAGAUAACAUCGCUCUUUCCAUCAUUAAUCUCGCAAAACUGUCGCUCUUAAGUCCCACUGAGGAGUUUCACCCACAAUAUAAAAACAGCUCUAUUUCUCCUCUCAGACUUAAGUCCUCCGACAGAACUUCCCAAUAUGGCGACGGCAUUUUUAACUGCAUCAUUCCAAAGCUCUUAUACAUUCCACGCUCUUCUUAAAACAUGCUUUGGUUCGAAAGUUUAUCUCCACACAGCCUUAAAUCCACAGCUUAAGUCCUUAAAACGACAUUUCUGACUCGUGAGGGGAGGGGAUUCUUGUUUAAUCACAUAAGGAAAGAAAGGAAAGUUUUCCCCCCCUCCCCCAUCAGUCAUUUGCCAUACUGAGUCUUGGCAUAUCUUCUCAUGAUUUCUCUUUUUCCUCCGACUCGUCUUAUUUUAUCAGAGAUCUCUUCUGUUAGCAGUCUUUACUCCCCCUUCUUCCUUGAGAUAUGUGCAUUCCUUCAUCCAAAUUGUUUCUUUUGAAGUUCUUGCAGCUAGUGGCACGGAUCAUGGACGGCGUCCAGGAGCACCGGAAUCCCACAGGAGGGCUUUGUGCCUAGUGCCCCCAUCCCCACAAAUUCGGGGGUGGUAUAGGGCACAGCAGGCAAGGCAGUCCCCCCUACCAUCCUGGGGGUGGGGUAGGGAGGCUAAUUACUCCCAUCAUAGCCUCCAAAUUACCUCGUGUGGGUCGGAGAGAUGUUAUUGUCAGCCAUCUUCUGAUGCGCCCCCUAGUGGCCCCCCUGUUCAAUGUUCCUGUGUCUCUGUGUCUGUGAGGAGAAUAAAGGACACUGCAAAAGACACUGUGUAAUGAAUGUGCAAUAAGCCAGAGAGAGUGUGUUCCCUCCCUAUAAUGUAAACAGGGAGACUUCUGUCCAGGAGAUGGGGGGGGGGGGUUGCCCCUUCAGCAGACAUCAUAAACACACACACUGAUUACCAAAAUCAACACAAUCACUUCUGCAAAUGUCCCCACAAAACACAUCAUUAGUUUUUCCUACCUAUUCAAAGGGCCUCUACUGCACAUAACAAUUCACUGAUAAAUGUAUCUAUUUACUGGCUCACUGGGAAAUCUUCAGAAAUUCAUAUAGAAUCACUCGAGUGUUGGAUUUACACCAUUCCAACGUUGUUCUGUUCAGGAAGGAAAUGGCUGCCAAGGGAGGAGCUUGGGACAUGAGUGAGGGCAGCCAUAAUCCCUAAAGUGUGAGGCCAUGUACUCAGCAGCUCCUUUGCCUGAGUAAUAAUCUCUGGCAUCCUAAUACCUGAGUGUGCGACAGGUAGCCAUUCCAGAAACGAUAGCAAACCCAGAUCAAGACAAAAGGGUGUGAUUAACUUGGGCUGGGAAACAGGGACAUGUAAAUAUCUCUUUUGCAUCACUUGAUGAGUGUAUGGUGGAGGUCAGUCGAAGGGUGGGGGAAGCCCUAAUGCUCAGGUUUCUGUCGCCAGACCCUCCCAAUUUGUGAUGUAAUUUGUAAUGUAUCCAUGAUGUAAUUUUAGGGGUGUUGUAGGUAUCUCUGUAAAACUGAUCAAAGUGGGAGUCAUCCUUUGUUCUGGGCUUCCUUCCUGGUGGUAGGUGGAAGUCCUGUUGCAAUAGUUUUUUAAAAAUAAAGAUCAGGCCUCCUGGCUGCUGUUUUGCUCCUAUAUUCCUGGCUGGCGUCUUUGUUUGGUAAUCCAGGUGAGCCCAAGGAUUUUCCUAUAACAAGACCCUUGAACUUGCUCCUUAUAAUGCAAUCUGAACAAAACUGGUGAAGCAGUGACGACAAUAUAUUCUUGCAAGAGCUGAGAGCCAAAGCAGGCACAGUCCAGCUGGGGCAAAGAAUGAGCUUAUAUUCCCUAUGCACACGUUCCCUCCCUCGUCUCCCUAUUGCUUGGGUGCUACAAGGUUUUCCUUCCCCCAAUUAUAAAAUAACAGACAAGAGGCUGAGCGUGGAAACAAACUUCUCCUUCCUCCUCAGAGUUGCCUCCACUUCCGGCUUCACCAGCAGAGAAAAUUGGGGCUUGCAAAGGAAGAAGGGAGGGAAGGAGGCGGGAAGCGGGGCUGCGUCAUAUGGAGGCGGAGGAGGGGGCUUCUUCCUAAUCAAGCCUCCUAAUUAAGCGCCCUCACUCCCUGCCGCCCACGCGGGGGCUCCCAUUCCCGCCCCCGCUGCCCGGGAUUUCGGGUGAGUGCAAAGCCAAUGGCGGGGAAGGAGGGAAGGGGCUUUGCGAGGGGGUCCAGGAUAAGUAGCCGCUGGAUGGGGAGGAGAGAAGGGAGGAAAGAGAGCUGUUUUCUUAAAGGGAGCCUGGGGGAGGAGAAGCUUCCUCCUGCAGGGAUUUGUUGGAAAGGGAGUUGCAGGGAAGGAGGCGGGAAAGGGGAGAGGGGUGGGCAUUGCUGGCCAGGAUCGCCUUAAUAAUAGUAUUAAUUUUAAUUUCAAUAUUUAUACCCCAGCCUCAGUGUCCGGUGUGGGAGCAUAUGCCCCCUUUUGCCCGUCGUUCAGGCUUAAUGCUUCAUGGUGUGCCUGUUAAUGGAUCUUUUCAAUUUACAAAUGUUAUAUCCCCUAACCAAACUUUUUGGCCUCCACUACAAUUGACCCUCCAUGAGCCUGCCCCCAUUUGUUUUCAAAUUGAUGAGGGAGAAGAAUCAUGGGGCAUAUAUCCAAACUGUCAAUAUACAUUGAAUUUCACUUUUAAUAGCUCUUGUUCUCUUACAGGAACAUACAGUGACCAAUCUCAGUGCUAUAGGAGUGACACCGGUGCAUGGCUAAAAACUAGAAAGGAAGCCUACCAUGCGGCUUGGAGUCUGAAUUCUUCUAUCCCUGGCUUAGCAAAUGCCACUGAUGAGCAAUUUCAUAUCAGUUCUUUAUUUACUGCAGCCUUUAAUUGGUCCCAACAGAGUAGUAAUAUCAGCUAUUUACUCCAAAGAGAGUUAUGGUUGCUUUGUGGCGAAAAAGCAUACAAAGCCAUUCCUCAAAACCUCACAGGCACAUGUACAUUGGGUAUCGUGGUCCCGUUGUUGUAUAAGGUUGAUAAGUUACCAUCUUCUCUUAGACUACAAAAUCGCCGGGAGGUUAAUUCACCCAUAAAUCAAUAUACCGGUACCCAGAUUUCUCGAGCCUUGCUGCCCCCAGUGGGUGCAGCAAUGAACUAUAGGGACCUCCAUCGGCUAGCAAAUUGGCGGGGAAGGAUUAUUCAAUGAUACCAUAAAAGCAUUGAUGAAUCUCAACCAGGAGGUGUCUGAAAUGAGAGAGGUGGUAUUACAAAAUCGUUAUGUGUUGGAUGUCAUUUUGGCCUCAAAAGGAAGGGUAUGUGCACUUGUUCAUUCUCAUUGUUGUAUGUUUAUUCCUGAUAAUAAUGUCAGCAUAUCUGCGACGAUUGAUCAUAUGGAAACCAUGGUAGCUCACAAUCCGCUUGCCCCCCUCCUUCCGUUGAUCCAUGGGCAUUGUUAUAUUCUUGGCUUCCGGAUGGGAGUUGGCUUUGACAUUUAUUGUUUUCAGUGAUCCUUAUAGUAGUUAUUUGCAUUAUUUUGUGUUGCUGUAUACAAUGUAUUCCUUCUUUAAUCUCUGUAUGUACUGCAUGGUUCUCCCAUCAACGGCCUGCUUCAGGCCUUACAAGGGUUGCCUAUCGUGCUCGAUAUAAACGUAUUGGUAAUGAAAUAUAUGACUCUGAUUAAUAAAAUAAAGAAAGAGGGCAUGUGGGAGCCAUGAAGCCAUGGCAGAGGCUUGUAGUGCCGCUGGUGCCUCACUGACCUCGGUGACGCGGCAUGUCCGUGCUUUGCAGUGUAUUGAGUGUAUUGACCUUAUAUGGAGUUGUGUUCCCGCUGGGCAGUAAUACCAUAUAUGGUAAUGAGUGUUGUAUAGCCAUGAUCGGGCGAUGUGACGUGGGACAUUGGCAGAUGGCCACGUAGGCUGUUAGAGAAAGGAGAGGAAAAUAAAAAUACCGGAGAGGAGGAACGUUCAAGUGAGCUGCCCUCCACCCUGAAGAUACUCGCUGUCUCUGUGUUUUUUCUAUGCUGCGCACCACUGUUGACGGCUGGUUUCCGUCAGUCCGGCUUCCUUCCUUCCUUAGGCACCAAGUGAAAGCAUUGCUCUUCUCCCAGGGGUUUGGCUCAAUAAACAAUCUAUGGACUUCACAACUGGAUUGGGGGGGGAGGGUUGUUGUUUUUAUUUCUUACUCUGCUAUGCAUCUCUGUGUUUUUCUAUUGUAAGCUGCCCUGUGAUCUUUGGAGGAAGGGCAGUAUAGAAUUGAAAAGAAUAGCAGUAAAAAUAGGUUUUAAAGAAGUGCCCUCUUUAAGAAAUCACGUGGUGUAAACGUGUAUGUUGUCCUCUAGGUCCAAACACACACAGAACACUCACAGUAUGAGCAAGCAGUGCUCCAAAGUGCUUAUCUUGUGAACUUGCCAUAUAAGUUGUGUACUCCUGGUCAAAGUUCCUGUUUCCAAAAAGGACUGGAGGGGGGGGUCACCUCACCACUUUUUACCCACCCCACUCAUGGAAGGCAGAGGACGUGUUCAUUCACAAUCCCAGUAAACCAUGUGUGCAUCUGAAGUAAACCAGGCGCUUCAGCUCCUUCCCCUCUCACUGGGAUGCAGAGGAGGAAACGGAUGGGUUUGAAGGCUCUUUCUGCCUCUCUCCCCUGUGCAAAAAGAGCAAAGUGUGUUUGCAGGGCAGGAGGACAGAGGAGGAGGCAGCGAGGGCAGAGGGAGCAGUGGGUGGAUCCACCGCCUCUCCAAGGGGGUCCUGAUGCAAGCAAGGGGCUUCCUUCUUCUCCAUGCAAGGGCCACCCAUGUGUUCAGAGCAGUCAUUUGCAGAUUAACUCUUAAGUUCCAAGGGAUCUACUCUCAGGCCACUAAUGUGCAUACCAUGCCAGCCUUAGGAAGGGAGGUGGGACAGGCAGGUGAAAGGAAUUGCCAAAGGUGUUUGAAAAUGGGUGGAGGGUUUUGGGAAGGGGGUGCCCAAUUGGGGCUUCUUCAGCGGCAGCAGAAUGUCUUGGGCAGGAGAAUCCCUGCAGGGGCUCUCAGACUCCCUUGGCUUCUUCUUCCCUCCCUCCCAGGAAGCUGCAACUUGCUCUGGAUUCUACGCUCCUCAGGAAGUUGAACCUGCAAACCUAGCUGAGACUGAACCUGCAACCCUGGCCAAGAUGGAAGGAGGAAGAUGGAUGGUUGACCUGGUCAGGCUGUCUCCCGCAUCCCUCCCCACAACCUCUGAGCAUUCCCUCCCAGGACCCUUGGAGAAAUCUGGUGAGUUCCAGGGGAGAGGAGACGCGAGACAACUCCAGUAGUAAUUAUCUCAGGUUUAUUGCUCAAACUCUUAAAUCACUGUGGAGCUCAGUCUUCAGCCUGUUCAUCUCAGCUUGCAGUUGCCAAGUCCUCCAGCAAAGAAGCCCCCACUUUCCCCUCUUCUCGCAGAUUCUCUCGAGCCUACAAUUUUUUGGACAGGCUAUUUCCGGGGUCUCUGUGUCAGAGCUCAAACUGGAGCUAACGGUCUGUGCCCCCCCCGGACACCCCCUCUUCCUGCUCUUUGUUCUUUGCUUCUGGUGCAGCUUGGCUGCUCCUCCCCUGCUUCACAUUCCAACCGAAUCACAUCUCUUGCGUUCUCAGGCUCUGUCAGCGGAGGCACGAGAGGCUUGAGAUUCACGGAAUAACACCCUGUAAUUUUAUCCGCCCCUAAGCUUCCAUGGAGAUACUGUGGUACAACCUUGGUGCAAAUUUCAAAAUAAGUACACAAAGCCAACAAAGAGACUCAGAUGUUUAUACAGGCACCAGCUUUCCUAGUCAAGAGUUCACUUUGUCAGACUGCACCCCACAAAAGCUUAAGCCAUAAUACAUUUAUCAGCUUUUAAGGGCUGCAAAAGAUGAAUAAACAGAAGCAUAGUUCAUCUAUGGAAUCCAUCCUACAGAGACAGUGACAACCAGCAAUAUGGAAAGCUUGAAAAGAAGGAUAAGACUGAUGUCUCUGCUCUGCCCUCGCGGUCCUAGGCAAUAAUGCUUCUUGAUACUAGUUUCUGGAAAGCACAGGAAGGCAGAGAAGACUCUUGUGCUCCAAUCCUGCUUGCCGGUUUCCCACAGGCAUCUGGUUGGCCUCUGUGAGAAGAGGAUGCUGGACUAGGUGGGCCUUUGCAUGAUCCAGCAGGCUCUUCUUAGGUUCCAAUAUAUUUCAAUAUUUUUACAGUUACAUGUAGCACUUAAGUUUUAUUUAUUUCACAAGGGAAAUACUGUUACUUGAGCCUGAGAUCAUUUCUUCACUUCAGAAAGAAAAAAUAGAUGUGUCUAAUAAGCCAGUUCCACCAUAGAUCUGUAUUAUAAAACGAUGGUGCUUUAUUAAGUUUGAAUGAAGUGAUCAUGUGUUGCUCUUGCCACUAUCUCAUCAGCUUUCAUAAAAUUUGGAACCUAGAGAGGAUAGUGGAGAAUGAAGGUGUUACAACGAGAGAAGGUGCAGAUUGGGAUUGACAGGUGUUCAGUUCCCUUUUUGUCUUUCUUGAAAGUCUACCAGGAUUCUCUUUCCUCCCAGGCUCCCAAACACGUGAGGAAGAUGAAAGUCAGAAUUCUAUGGAGCCACAUGUGAAUUUAUGCGAAAGAACAAAGAAAUUGAGGAUACAACAACAAACUCAAAAAGGAGAGAAACUAUUUGAAUUUACGGAAUGUGGAAAGAGCUUCAGUGAAAGUGGAAAACCUAGACUACAUCAACGAACUCAUACGGGGGAGAAACGAUUUGAAUGUAUUGAAUGUGGAAAGAGCUUCAGUGAUAGUGGAGCACUUAGAAUACAUCAACGAACUCAUACGGGGGAGAAACCAUUUAAAUGUAUUGAAUGUGGAAAGAGCUACAGUGAAAGUGGAGCACUUAGAAUACAUCAACGAACUCAUACGGGGGGAAAAACAUUUGAAUUUUUUGAAUGUGGAAAGAGCUUCAAUGAAAGUCGAACACUUAGAAGACACCAACAAACUCACACGGGGUAGAAACCAUUUAAAUGUACUGUAUGUGAAAAGAGCUUCAGUCGUAGUGGAACACUUAGAAGACAUCAACGAACUCACACAGGUGAGAAACCAUUUGAAUGAAUGGAGUGCGGUAGGAGCUUCAGUCAAAGUGGUGCACUUAGAAUACAUCAACGAACUCACACGGGAGAGAAACCAUUUGAAUGUUUUGAGUGUGGAAAGAGUUUCAGCAAAAGUGGAACUCUUAGAAUACACCAACGAACUCACACGGGGGAGAAACCAUUUAAAUGUAUUGAAUGUGGAAAGAGCUUCAGUACAAGUGGGAAACUUAGAAUACACCAACGAACUCAUACAGGGGAGAAAAUAUUUAGAUGUAUUGAAUGUGGAAAGAGUUUCAGCAAAAGCGGAGCACUUAGAAUACACCAACGAACUCACACGGGGGAGAAACCAUUUAAAUGUAUUGAAUGUGGAAAGAGCUUCAGUACAGGUGGGAAACUUAGAAGACACCAACAAUCUCACACAGGGGAAAAUCCACAGAUACUUUAAUAAACUUUAAUAAACCGCUUAGGUGUUUUUUACCUUUCCUUCUAUGCUUCCUUGCAAUACUGACAAAAUCAAACCACGCCAAUGCUUUCAGCCCCAGAAGAGGAGCUCCCCUUGGUGUCAAGGGAGGUGUCCAAGGGAGCAUCUGGAGCCCUGCCAUCCCUUCUGUCGCUUCCCCUUCCCCUGGGCCUUUCCCCUCCUGUCUCUGCCAUCCCUGGGCCACUCCUUAAUCCACAGCAGGAGACUGUAUCUGUCUGUGAUGGUGAGAUGUCGUGGCCGGUUGAAGGACCACUUCCUGUUUCCUGCAGCUCCAUCCUGUCUUUUCAUGCAAGGUGGAGUCAUGAAGCAGGCGAAGGCUGAGCUCACCUAAGGGUGUCGCAGCGGGUGGGUGGGAUUCUGCUUAACCUUUCCCUGUCUGCUCCUUUUCUGGAUCCAAAUCCCCACACCAAAAGGGGUAGUGUGAGGACGCAAUCAAUGUUAUGGAGCUGCACUGAAAAUCAUUGCUUUGUGACCGUAAGAGGCCCUUCUCAAAAAAACAACCAUCAAGAGAAUUUAAGCUAUAGAAUUUAAAACAAACAGAUAAUUACAAAAAAAGAAAGCAGUCUGGUGCCACAUUGCGUAGGAGUUAGUUUAACAGACUCUACCUGGGGCUGCCUUUGAGAAGAGCUCAGAAACUUCAAUGGCUCAAAGAGCUGCAGACACAUUACUGACCAGGGCUGGCUAUAGGCAGCAUAGGACUCCCAUAUUAGAACAGCUCCAUCUGCCUAAUUGUCUGUUUCUGGACACAAUCAAUGUUUCCACAAGAAGAGGAAGAUAGAUUUGGAGUGCCGCAUUUUCAAAAAAGAUGGACACACGACUAUUUCUUUGUGGAGCUGAAAGGCAUGCCUGUGUGCCUCAUUUGUGGUGAGGCCCUCUCUGUCCUGAAGAAGGCCAACCUGCAGAGGCACCACAGGACGAAGCACAUUCAGUACGAGGAGUUCCAAGGGCAGCUGCGCCAGGAGAAGGUCAAGGCGCUGAAAACAGACCUGUUGGGUAACCUGUGGCCCAUCCAGAUGAUGUGAAAUUGCAACUCACGUCUUCUUUAGCCAUUGGCCACGCUGGUUGGGGCUCAUGGGAGCUGAAGUCCUAGGAUCGAGGUCACAAAUGCCGGGGACAAUUCAAAUCCCUCCUCAGUCGUGAAGCUGAUUGGGUGACUUAAAGCUGGUCACUAUCUUUAUGCGAAACCUCCCUCGCAGGGUUGCUGUGUGCGUGAAAGCAAUAUAUCUUGUGGUGGGCUUGAUGAGGGGAGUGUGGAACAGAAAUGUAAUUCAUAGGUAAAAAGACAGGAAAUAGUUCUGAAUCUGACUGAAAAUAAAAGAUUCUUUGUCUCCAAAUUGCAUAUAGCAAGCACCUGUGUUGUUGAACUCUAGCUGAAGUCUCAGCAUCUGGUUCCUCAGCACUCUGCACUCUCUCUCUGGAAACCUCCGGCAGUCAGGUGACAGGAACCAGCCAAUGCCUCCCAGUUCAGAAACAGUCUGCCAAGAGCUUAUGAAUGUUGAUUUGAAUCAAUUUGUCAGAUGUCUUCAAAAUAGUAGGGAAAAUUUAUGGUUGACACCACCUUGGGACAGUUUUGACAGGAAUUCGGGGAACUAGGAAUAUUUUUAGCUCCAUCAGGGUUGAUGGAUCAACAAAUAGCUAGAGAGGAUUAAGGGGCGGGGGCGGGAAUCAGGCCUUGUUUCUCAUGUGACAGAUAACAGACUCCACAGUUCUUAAAGCUCACCGUUUGCUGCCUCCCAAAAUGAUGCUUAAGCCUCCCUCCCAAAAAAAACAACAACUCAAGCAUGGCAGCUGGUCUUGUCAAACAGGCCAAUAUAAGGUUCAUUUGGCAAGUUUGUUGUUGUUUAGUCGUUUAUUUGUGUCCGACUCUUCAUGACCCCAUGGACCAGAGCACGCCAGGCACGCCUGUCUUCUACUGCCUCCCGCAGCUUGGUCAAACUCAUGUUCGUAGCUUUGAGGACACUGUCCAACCAUCUCGUCCUCUGUCAUCCCCUUCUCCUUGUGCCCUCCAUCUUUCCCAACAUCAGGGGGGUCUUUUCCAGGGAGUCUUCUCUUCUCAUGAGGUGGCCAAAGUAUUGGAGCCUCAGCUGCACGAUCUGUCCUUCCACUGAGCACCCAGGCCUGAUUUCCUUCAGAAUGGAGAGGUUUGAUCUUCUUGAAGUCCAUGGGACUUUCAAGAGUCUCCUCCAGCACCAUAAUUCAAAAGCAUCAAUUCUUCGGCGAUCAGCCUUCUUUAUGGUCCAGCUCUCACUUCCAUACAUCACUACUGGGAAAACCAUAGCUUUUACUAUACGGACCUUUGUUGGCAAGGUGAUGUCUCUGCUUUUUAAGAUGCUGUCUAGGUUUGUCAUUGCUUUUCUCCCAAGAAGCAGGCACUUUUUAAUUUUGUGGCUGCUGUCACCAUCUGCAGUGAUUAUGGAGCCCAAGAAAGUAAAAUCUCUCACUGCCUCCAUUUCUUCCCCUUCUAUUUGCCAGGAGGUGAUGGGACCAAUGGCCAUGAUCUUCGUUUUUAUGAUGACGAGCUUCAGACCAAAUUUUGCGCUCUCCUUUUUCACUCUCAUUAAGAGGUUCUUUAAUUCCUCCUCACUUUCUGCCAUCAAGGUUGUGGCAUCUGCAUAACUGAGGUUGUUGAUAUUUCUUCCAGCAAUCUUAAUUCUGGCUUGGGAUUCACCCACUCCAGCCUUUCGCAUGUUGAAUUCCGCAUAUAAAUUAAAUAAGCGGGGAGACAAUAUACAGCCUUGUCAUACUCUUUCCCAAUUUUGAACCAAUCAGUUGUUCCAUAUCCAGUUCUAACUGUAGCUUCUUGUCCCACAUAGAGAUUUCUCAUGUUAUGGAAAUUUGGGGGGGGGGGGAGCGAGCACAUCUUUAAAGUUGUUAAAUGUUACAAAUAUUAUGCCUGAAUGUAUCCUUUCAACUUGACAGCUCAGGGAAUUUACCUAGCUUUAAAAAUAACUUAUUUCCCCCCUUGAAAAAGGACUCCAGGAAGUGUCCAGGGGUGAGAAUUGCUGAGCUGGGCCAAGGAAAGCGUAAUCCCAUCACCGAACUUGCCAAGGGGCCAGACAUGCAAAGGAAGUUCUAUUGUACUUUGGGUGAUGGGACUUCAGAGGUGUUGGCCUAUGCUAAUCUUAUACCCGAGUCUUGCCCUGACAUGUCUGCUUAUGCUAAUCUUGUACCAAGGACUUCUCUGGACAUGUUUGCCAAGGUUAAACUAGUGCAGGGGUCUGCAACCCGCGGCUCCGGAGCCGCAUGUGGCUCUUUUACACCUUUGUCGCGGCUCCGGGGCGGAUACUAGCGAGGGGAGGAGGCGCAUUGUGCGCCCUGACACUCCCCACUGUGGCGGGCGCUGUACUGGCUGUGACGUCGCAUGGGGGCGGUGUGUGCGUUAGUCACGCACCGUCCCGACGUCACCUUCCCGCCCGCCCGCCCGCUACAUUGUAAGGGGCAUGUAUGCUGGUCACUGCAUUGAAAGGGGGCAUAUACGCUGGUCACUGUUUUGAAGGGGAGUGAAGAACACACACACACAAAAAGGUAACUUGUUAAUUUAACGUUUAUUUCUAUGAGGAGGAGUAAUUCUGAGGGGUCAAACAAAGAAAUAAUAAAAAAGUGACAAAAAAGUUAUUUUUAUAAUGACGAGUUUUGCGGCUCCCAGGUUUUUUUUCUUUGGAAACGGGUCCAAGCGGCUCUUUUUGUCUUAAAGGUUGCAGACCCCUGAACUAGUGUAACCCCUGUCUACCCCUCCCCUUUUGUGACAUGUCAGUGUUGUAACAAUGAUACAGCAGUGAUGCUCUAGAAACAGUAUUCUGGGAUAUCGUGGGGAAGUUGUAAAAGUCUUUGUCACCCCAUGCUCGGGGUUCAAAAUUCCUCUUUGAACCUGUUGCGCAAUAAACUUUGGUCUAUAGCUAUUUGCUCCAGUUGGUGGCUGGAUUCCUUCCUUUAUUCCGCAAGGGACCUGCGGGCUCUUUCCAACGAGCUGGUUUGACUGAACAGCCUCACACCUAGAUUUUUCCAUAACACUCAGGAGACAGAUGAGGUGAUCAGGCACUCCCAUUUCUUUAAGAACUUGCCAUAGUUUGCUGUGGUUGACACAGUCAAAUGCUUUUGCGUAGUCAAUGAAGCAGAAGUAGAUGUUUUUCAUGAACUCUCUUUCUCCAUAAUCCAGCAUGUUUGCAAUUUGGUUUCUGGUUCCUCUGCCCCUUCGAAAUCCAGCUUGCACUCCUGGGAGUUCUCAGUCCACAUACUGCUUAAGCCUGCCUUGUAGAAUUUUAAGCAUAACCUUGCUAGCGUGUGAAAUGAGUGCAAUUGUGCGGAAGUUGGAACAUUCUUUGGCACUGCCCUUCUUUGGGAUUGGGAUGCAGACUGACUUUCUCCAAUCCUCUGGCCACUGCUGAGUUUUACAAAGUUGCUGGCAUAUUGAGUGUAGCACCUUAACAGCAUCAUCUUUUAAAAUUUUGGUUUUCAAGGAAGAAGCUGCCCUGGAAAAUAAGGCAGGAAUUCACCUUGAAUCUUGCUAACAAAAUCCUUUCAUAGCUUUUUGUGAGGGUGUGACUGCUAAUCUUAAAGCCAGGUUGAGCACUAAGAAUUGGGCAUCAUUUCCUCUGUUAUAAAAAAUAAAACAAAAUACUUGUUCCGCUUCUAAAGAAACCCUUUAGAAUGCAUUCUUAUUCUUUUUUCAUUAAAAAAAAUCAAACAGCUGUGCAAAGGUGCUCCUGUGCAAUGCAAUGUCAGAAUAACAAAAUAAUGAAAUAUCUCACAAGAGCCUUGUUUUUUAAAUAUACAACUAAAAAACCUUAAAACUCCUACAACACUUACCAAAUAGAAAUCUAAUAGUUGGCCCCCCAGGCACUAGGAGGCAACCUGAUGUUCAAGGCUUCACCCCACCCCCAAACUCUGAGCUUUUGGUUUCUCUUUAGACACUCAUCUGUGGUCGCCUGGAGCAUUUGAGGGGAAAGAGAGAGAACAUUGGGGCAUACGAAGCAAACAUAGAAAAAGAAAGUGACAACCUGCUUGUAAGUGUCAUUGUUACUUGGAAGGGAACAAGUGCUAUAAGUUUAAUGUACAUAUAAUGCUGCGCUUGAAUGCAUUGUAAUAAAAAUACUAUAAAGGGAAGUUUCUCUUAGACUUAGGCAAGAGUUUCUACUCUGACAGAAGCAUCAGAGGAGGCUGGAUCUUUCCUCAUAACUCAUCGCUGGAGGCAUAAGCUGCAGAGCUCUCACGGAAGGAAGCUUAAACGUGAGAAGCCAGUGUGUUCUUGCUGGAGAUGGCUAGGAGAAGCAGCAGCAGCAGUUGCAAAUAAGUCAUGCAAUGUUGAAGAAGCUUAGGAUCUCCCUCUGGGACCAGAGAGAGGAAAGCUGACUGAAUUACAUAAAGGACUGAACAUUGUUUGCAACGUGCUACUUUAUCAUGCUUAUCUUAUUGUUAGACUGUUUAAGACUGUUCUGCAGUAAGGCUUCAAAACUUAUUUUUGUGAUGGAGAGAAUUCAUUUCCACACAAGGUCCAGAUCAGGAAUUCCAUGGAACAACUUUAACAACAAGUACUUGAAGGGUACUUCAACAAGUACUUCAACAAGUACUUGAAGGGACACGGGUUGCGCUGUGUGUUAAACCACAGAGCCUAGGGCUUGCCGAUCAGAAGGUCGGUGGUCUGAAUCCCCGUGACGGGGUGAGCUCCCGUUGCUCGGUCCCUGCUCCUGCCAACCUAGCAGUUCGAAAGAACAUCAAAGUGCAAGUAGAUAAAUAGGUACUGCUCUGGGGGGAAGGUAAACGGCUCCCUCGGCGAGUAAAGCGAGAUGAGUGCCACAACCCCAGAGUUGUCCGCAACUGGAUCUAAUGGUCAGGGAUCCCUUUACCUUUACUUGAAGGACCAAACCACGAUGUAGCUGUGCUCUUUUCCAUCCCUUUCCAAGAAUUACAACAAUCUGUUCCUUAAAAUGGUUCAGCCUCCACCACCUUUACUGCAGUCAACUGAAGGCUACCAACUGUGCCCUGGGCCCCUCGAUCUUUCUCACUGCCAAUGAAAACUAAUAAAUGAAUAGGAAGAGAAGCUACCCAUGUCACACUGACACAAACACCUUGCGUAUGAACUUCGUAAAAUAAUGAAAGUGUACUACCCCUCCCCCCCGCUUGCUCUCCCCACCUCUCAAUUCCCCAGCCUUACACUGUAUACAACAUUAAAGUCUGUCUGUCUGUGAAUUUUUAUGAUAUCCAAAGUAACAGAGUAGCUUAUAGCUAGGAAGCCAAAUAGCUAUUUUAGGUGAUAGUUCCUUUUUACAGACUAUACAGUGGCCAGACUCUUGCUAUUCAAAAGAGCUUUACUUUCAUAAUCAUAUAACUGAGGAGAAUAGAAGAGGAGUCUGCAACCUGAAGCAUAUGUAACACGAGGUACCACUGUACAAUCUUCUGCUUAUUCAAACAUGGGCACGUUCUCCCUUGAAUUCUCUUAUACAGUGGUACCCCGCAAGACGAACGCCUCGCGAGACGAAAAACUCGCAAAACGAAAGGAUUUUUCGUUUUCGAGUUGCCUCGCAAGACGAAUUUCCCUAUGGGCUUGCUUCGCAAAACGAAGCUUGCCCCGGGGACAGCGGGUCUUCUCUUUUGAAGCAAGGGGCGGCGGGGAGAAGCGAUCUUCUCCCCGCAGCCCCAGGUCCGGGGACAGCGGGAAGCGCUUCCCGCUGCCCCCGGACCUCUUUUGAAGCAAGGGGCUGCGGGGAGAUCGCUUCUCCCCACCGCCCCUUGCUUCAAAAGAGGUCCGGGGAUAGCGAUCUCCCCGCAGCCCCUUGCUUCAAAAGAGGUCCGGGGCAGCGGGAGCGCUCGCGCUGCCCCGGACCUCUUUUGAAGCAAGGGUUUGCGGGAGAAGCGAUCUCCCGCAGCCCCUUGCUUCAAAAGAGGUCCGGGGCAGCGGGAGCGCUCCCGCUGUCCCCGGACCUCUUUGAAGCAAGGGCGGUGGGGAGAUCGCGAUCUCCCGCAGCCCCUGCUUCAAAGAGGUCCGGGGCAGCGGGAAGCGCAGCGCUUCUUCCCCGCUGCCCCUGGACCUCUUUUGAAGCAAGGGGCUGCGGGGAGAUCGCUUCUCCCGGUGCUCCGAAGCGGGGCGGGGGGGCGGGAACACCUGCCCCAGCCGCCCCGCUUCGGAACGCUGCUCCGAAGCGGGGCGGGGGGCGGGAACACCUGCCCCAGCCGCCCCGCUUCGGAACGCUGCUCCGAAGCGGGGCGGGGGGCGGGAACACCUUCUGAAGGCGGGCGGGGGGGCGAAAGUCUUUGUCCCCCCUGCCCGCCUUCCCAGGGGCUUUUAAAUCGCCCCGGACAGCGGAGAAGUCCUCCGCUGUCCCAGGGCGAUUUUAAAAUGCCGCCCGCCAGCAUUUUAAGAUCGCCCGGACAGCGGAGAAGUCCUCCGCUGUCCCGGGGUUUUUUAAAUUGCUGGGGGUGGGAAGAAAAGCCCGUGUCCCCCCAGCCUUCAGAAGAGGUCCGGGGACAGACUGUCCCCGGACCUGGUCUGAAGGCGGUUUCCCUAGGAACGCAUUAAUUGAUUUUCAAUGCAUUCCUAUGGGAAACCGUGCAUCGCAAGACGAAGAGACUUGCGGAACGAAUUAAUUUCGUCUUGCGAGGCACCACUGUAGUUUCUUAUGAAACGUUUUUCUUUCACAUCAGCAGUAUUGUCUCUGUUUCUGCACAGGUUUCUGCUUAUUAACAUUUAGUUGCCGCCAGGACCACAUAACACCGGUCCUGAGAGAUCUGCAUUGGCUCCCAGUACGUUUCCGAGCACACUUCAAAGUGUUGGUGCUGACCUUUAAAGCCUUAAACGGCCUCGGUCCUGUAUACCUGAAGGAGCAUCUCCACCCCCAUCGUUCAGCCCGGACACUGAGAUCCAGUGCCGAUGGCCUUCUGGCGGUUCCCUCAUUGCAAGAAGUGAGGUUACAGGGAACCAGACAGAGGGCCUUCUCGAUAGUGGCCCCCACCCUGUGAAACACCCGCCCUUCAGAUGUGAAGGUAAUAAGCAGCUAUCCUAUCUUUAAAAGACAUCUGAAGGCAGCCCUGUUUUGAGAAGUUUUUAAUAUUUAAUGCUGUACUGUUUUUAACACUUGAUUGGGAGCCGCCCAGAGUGGCUGGGGAAACUCAGCCAGAUGGGCAGGGUAUAAAUAAAUAAAUAAUAAUAAUAAUAAUAAUAAUUUAUGCCCCGCCCUCCCCAGCCAAGGCCGGGCUCAGAGCGGCUUACAAGCAAUAAUAAAAACAAGUUGAAUGAUUACAACUUAAAAGCAAAAUUAAAAUACAACAUUAAAAUAUUGAAACAUUAAAAUAUUAAAAUGUAGCCUCAUCGCAGGAAGAGAAAGGAAAAGAAAAAAGAAAGAGAGGGAGGGAGGGAAUCAAAUUGGCUCCAAGCCAAAGGCCAGGUAGAACAACUCUGUCUUACAUGCCCUGUGGAAAGAAAUCAGAUCUUUCAGGACCCUGGUCUCAUGAGGCAGAGCGUUCCACCAGGCCGGAGCCAGAGUUGAAAAGGCCCUGGCUCUGCUUGAAGCUAAUCUAACUUCCUUUGGGCCUGGGACUUGCUAUUUAUGGACCUUGAGGCUCUCCGUGGGGCAUACUGGGAGAGUCGGUCCCAUAGGUACGAGGGUCCUAGGCCGUGAAGAGCUAUAUAGGUCAAAAGCAGCACCUUAAAUCUGACCCUGUACUCCACCGGGAGCCAGUGCAGCUUGAAAAGUACUGGGUGAAUAUGCUCCCAUGGCAUAGACCCCGUGAGCAGCCUCGCUGCAGCAUUCUGUACCCGCUGGAGUUUCUGGGACAGCUUCAAGGGCAGCCCCGCGUAGAGCGAAUUACAAUAGUCUAGCCUGGAGGUGACCAUCGCAUGGAUCACUGUGGCCAGGUCGGGGCGGGAAAGGUAAGGGACCAACUGCUUGAUGACAACGAAAGGGUAUAGAAAGGGGAAGUUUUUGGGUUUCUCUAAAAACCGUCGGACUAUUUUGUACACAAUUUCAAGGUAACAUUACACUUUAUUUCCACUUUUUCUCACAUGGGACUCGAACUCACAACCUUGAGAUAAAGCACCUCACGCUCUACCGACCAAGUUAAGACAGCUCAGUGAUUUGUGUACACGGGGACACAGAUGGCGGCGUGUGAACUUCCCUAGAGAAGGGUGAAAAAACCUUGUUCCCUGCUGCUCCAGAGCUAGGAAUGGACCAGAUCUCAUAGGGCUAAUCCAUUUGCCCCGACAGCUAAGAGCAGAACCUCCAGGAUCAGAAGCAGCGGGCUGCAAAUACGAGGGCAGGGGAAGAAGCAGGGCGGUCUCGCAGCCCUCGCCUUGCAAGGGGGCGCAUCCAGCCUUGCAGCCUCCCAGGGCCCAACCCACAGCCAGCGAGCUCCGAUGCCCAGAGAGGCAGGAAACGGGGCCAGCCAGGGGGACUCGAGAGCGGCUGCACUUUCCUGUCCCCCGCCGAGGAGAGCGGGGGAGCAGCGGCCCGUGGCCUGGCGAGUUUCCCCGGAGAGGAGCCGGAUUCCGGUGCAGGGACGGAGCGAGGAGUCCGAGGUGCAGGAGGCGGGGGAGGGGCAGGAGGGGGAGGAGAGCACGUGCGCCUGGCAGGAUCAGGCCCGGAGUCUAGCCAGAGGCUGCAGGGCGCCCCCCAACCGGGCAGGAAGGGGAAGGGGCGCAGCUGAGGGGCAGGGCAUCUGCAGGAGGGCACAGGGGCAAACAUCUCUGGCUCAGGCUGGCACGGACCCUGCCGGAGACCCUGGGGAGCUGCUCCCUUCAGUCCUGUGAAUAAGUGAGACAAGCUUAAGCCUGUUUCAUUAAUUGUUUUAUUUCCACCUUCCUCAGUAAGGCAGCAGAGUUUUCAGAUGAAGGCUGAGGGCUGAAGUGGGUGACAGUUUUGAGAAUGCAGAGGAAAGGAGGAUUCUUAAGAAGUGUGGCAUAUGGAAAUGAAUUAAUGAUAAUAAAAACAUUGAAGACAGUAUUGUUAAAGACUGAGGAAGGCAAAAUUGAAAUUAGCUAUUCAUGUUCAGAUUAUUAUUCCUUUCAUUUCUAUACAGCUUCAUAUUUUUAAGAAAAAAAUCUCAAAGUAAUUAGAGAGAAAUCUCAAGGCAGUUUGUGUCCAUAGGAUGUUGAGAACAUUAACUCUGUAGAUCCAGGAGUUCUCUCCUCCUGAUAGUCUUAGAUUUGAUUGUUCUUUCUGAUAGAGCAGGAGGAAUGAAACAUUUAUGGGCUUAAAGCUGCAUUGAUUCUGGAGGCCACAUUCCAGUGAGCUUUGUGGCCAAUGUAUGCACAUGCAUGCGCACCCAUAAAAGAGAUGCAGACCAUAAAGUCACAUGCACACACGCCAGAGGUGCUGCACACACUCACCAGACAUGCCAUCUAGCAUACAUACAAGUCUUGCAAACACAAACAACAUGUUUAGACCUUCCAACCCCAGUGCUGGGUGGAGGAGAAAUAAGAGCAUAAGAAGACUCUGCUGAAUUAGCAAGGAGAUCUGUGGAAAAAAGACCCUUCUGGUUGUUCUUUAGAAAUCCUGUUUAAAGAGCAGCCAGAGGGAUCAUUUAUUUCCAGAGCAGGGCUUUUACCCCAUUUCAGCACUGUGCUGGUUUGUGGUGAAAUUGGAGUUGAAAAGAUCUCUCUAAGGGCCCUUAGGCAUCUUUCUCUCCAGGACAGACAGAGAUCUUCAUCCGAUGAACAGAUCAGGAGAUGGAAAAGGCAGGGACUAGCAGGACACACCCUGAGGCUUGGCAAGCCAUAUGCAGCCAAUGGACUGCCAGUUAGAAUGUCUUCAGUCAAGAGAGUUUGUGACCAUCAAAUUUAAAAUAUUUUGGAUAUUCCUUUUGUCCUUUUGUUCUUAGGCUGUGCAGAUCCCAUACAUUUAAAGCAUGUGGCUUCCCCCAGAGAACCACAGGACCUGUAGUUUAUUGCUACAGUUCUCAACACCCCUAACAAACUGCAGCUCGCAGGAUUUCUUGGGUGAAGCCAUGUACUUUCAAUGUUAACUGGGUCUGUCGCAGCCUUAAUCAUAUACAAAGAUCUGUUGCUGCCUUUCCAACAUGCUAGAAGUUGCAGCCAGGAUCAGCAUUCCCUGUCCACUUAACAUGCUCAGUCCUCUCACUGGGUUGUUUUUGGAUUUCCCUCCCACUGCCUUGGUUCCCCCACCCCCAAAUAUUAUUUAUACUUCCAUAAACCGUUUCCCCCAGUCUUUGGAUAACUUCCCCUCGUCCCUGGAUGGAGCCGUUUGGGUGACAUAAUGAUUGUCAUUCACAGCCUGAGCAUCAGAAAUAGAAAGAGUAAUAAUAUUUUUCAAAAACUGGUUAAUGGUUAAAAAAUGUGCUUUUGUUUUUAUUCUUGGGUUUUAGUUUACUUUGUGUUUAUUUCUUUUCCAGCAGGGUGAUGUAAAAAUGGAAGAGCAGGGACCCAGGAGACCCAUUCAAAGGGAGAGACUGGAGUACAAAGGAAAGAAACCUCCUGCCGGCCAAGUUGGGACCAUCAGGGAUCUUCUGCCUCAGGCAGAUUUAUGUCAGAUUAAGCAGGAGCCAGAGGAGGGGCAGCCGCAGCAGCACUGGGAGGCCCAGAAGCAGGAUUUCCUGAAGACGAUGCAGCCCCCUCCUUCAGGGUGGGAAACCCCACAGGCUCCCAGUCCUCCUCAAUCUGGGAAUAGUGUCCUCUCCUUCAGGGGAGCUGCGGAUGCCAGUCGGUGGCCCAGUGGGAGAGCAGGGGGGACAGACCAGACCCUGCUCCCAGACACUGAGGGGCUUCUGGGAAAGGUAAGUGCCCUCCUCUCACCUGGGUUUCCAGCACCUGGAGGUCACAGGUCCACUGCCUCUCGACAUGGAGGUUCUGUUUAGCUUUGGUGGUGAAUAUUCCUCCUCCCUGCACUUUCUCUCUAAUCCACUUUUAAAAGGCUUGCUAGACCAAGCUUUCUUACACAUGGGAGGUUUGCGAUCCUAUCUCCUGAUGUUGUUACUUUAAUAAAGCAACCACAGGGGACUCUGAAUUUCAUCAGAGCAGAAGCUAUGUCAGAAGAGGGGUCCUUCCACCAACCCCCAUUUUCCUCCUCUAAAUUGCCUCCAUUUGCAAAAUGCUCUUUUCUCCCCACUGAGGUAAAAAUCUUGGCACGUCUCGCAGCCUCAGAAAUCCAAUAAAUUCCUCAGAAAACCCAUGUGUAGUCGCAUUAAAGAUGACUGGCCUACCUUCCAAGGUUGUUGCAAGAUUUAUUAGUAUAAUGGCCAGGUUCAGAUGACUGAAUCACAGCCUGAAAAGCUGGGUUAAAAAUAGGAACAGUUUUUAGUACAUUGCUGUACUAAUGUACAUUUGGUACAUUACGAUAAAACCUAAGUUGACCAAAGUUCAAAACAAAAAACUCUAGCCGCCACCACCACAGUCUCCUGGCCCCCACAAACAGAAUGCAUCACUCCAGGAAGGACCCCCACCCAACCUUUAGUGAGAGAGGGCAAAAGAAAAAGACUCUAAAUGGGUAGUUGCACAAAUUUACCAGCUGUGGUCCUGCACUGGCAGCAAGGCUAACAAACAGGGGAGCUGGGAAUGUGCUGGUCCCAUAUCUCUCUGCAUCUGCCUCCUGACCUAAUUGUCCCACCUUACCUCAUGAUUGGGCCGGCCCUGAUGGGGAACUGUUAUGAAGCCAUAACUAACAAACUUUCCAUUUUGCCCAAACCAGGAAACUACAGCUGCCAGCUUUGGAACAAGCUGGGAUAUUAAUCUAACUUCAAACUGUGCUUGGUCAAAACAGGAAACUCUGGUUGAUCAGUGGCUUUGUGGUUUGACUUUUCCCACUGAUAGCAGUAAAAAUAGGAAGCCCUGUUGCGUUCAAAGGGGUUGUUUGGACAGAGUCUCUGAUCAGCACGCCUAGCAGGACAGGCUUAAAAAGGUAAAGGGACCCCUGACCAUUAGGUCCAGUCGUCACCAACUCUGGGUUUGCAGCGCUCAUCUCGCUUUAUUGGCCGAGGGAGCCAGCGUACACCUUCCGGGACAUGUGGCCAGCAUGACUAAGCCGCUUCUUGCGAGCCAGAGCAGCGCACGGAAAUGCCGUUUACCUUCCUGCCAAAGCAGUACCUAUUUAUCUACUUGCACUUUGACGUGCUAUUGUACUGCUAGGUUGGCAGGAGCAGGGACCGAGCAACGGGAGCUCACCCCAUCGCAGGGAUGCAAACCGCCGAUUAUUAUUACUUGCAUCCUCCCUAUCUGACUGGGUUGCCUCAGCUGGGCAACUGGGUAGCUUCCAACAAAAUAAAAAAACAUCAAAAAUUCCUUGUAAAAGGCUGCCUUGGAAGGCUUCCAUUUUGUAGAAAUGGCCUUCAGUUUUAAAGAAUUGUCCUCUUUAAGGAAUCACGUGGUGUAAACAUGUAAGUUGUCCUCUAAGUCCAAACACACACAUAGUAGGAGGAAGCAGUGCUCUAAAGUGCUUAUCUUGCGAACUUGCCAUCUAAGUUGUUUACUCCUGACCGAAGUUCCUGUUUCCCAAAAGGACAGGAGGAGGAAACGGAUGGGUUUGAAGGCUCUUUCCAUCAGCCGCCUCUCUCCCCUGAGGAACAAGAGCAAAGGGUGUUUGCAGGGCAGGAGGGCAGAGGAGGAGGCAGCGAGGGAAGAGGGAGCAGUGGGCGGAUCCCCCGCCUCCCCCAGGGGGUGCUGAUGCAAGCAAGGGGCUUCCUUCUUCUCUAUGCAAGGGCCACCCAUGUAUUCAGAGCAGUCCUUUAAAGAUUAACUCUUAAGUUCCAAGGGAUCUCCUCUCAGGCCACUAAUGUGAAUACCAUGCCAGCCCUAGGAAGGGAGGUGGGACAAACGGGUGAAAGGAAUUGCCAAAGGUGUUUGAAAAUGGGUGGAGGCUCUUGGGAAGGGGGUGCCCGCUUGUGAAUGAACUUUAUUAUGGUCACAGACCAGGAUUCAAAAAGCAUAUAGAUAAAAUAGCAGUUAGGAUUUUUUUAACCUAUAAUUGUUAGAGCAAAUUAGGACAUGGAAAUGCAUAGGAUAAAACAUCUAAAUAAAAUACAAGAUUAAACACGGAUAAUGGAUGGAUAAAAAAACCUGAUAAGUAAAACAGAUAAGAACUAAAAACAAACAAAGACACACAGUUAAAACAACUGUAAGAGCAUAAGAACUAAAAGACUCGCAGUUAAAACAACUAUAAGAGACUGCAGAGUAGAAGCCUCUUAAAUAGAGGACACUCACAACAUUAGAAACUGCUGUGCAAAUAUGGUUAAAACAGACAAUUAAAACAAUGUUCAACGCUAAAUUUAGAAACAAUGUACAACAAUAAACUGUCCCAGGGAGUUGUCUCAGAGUCACCCAUGGAACCAUGUUUGGGGCUUUUCAUGUCGGACUAUUUUGAGUUGGGCGAUGAUCUGCGCCUACAAAAAUGUACACAGAAUCUUGCGACCAUCCAGGUCAUCUUUUGAUCUUUGCCUAACAGCAAAAGGUCAAAUUUUUGCUUUUGCGGGAGGUCGGCUAGCCUCACCAGUAGGGGAUCCAUGAUCUUACUACGUGCCUCUUCAUAAAAGGGACAUUUAAAGAACAAGUGUUCUGGGCUUCCUAUCUCUCCCAAUGGACAGGUGCAAAGUCUCUGAGCAUACGGGACCCUUCUGAAGGCUUCAUCCAGGACCGGCGAGGGAAGAGCCGAGCUUCUGGCGAGUGUAAAGGCCCUUCUUGCAUCGCUAGAUACGAGAAAGAAGAGAUAUGCUGCUGGUGCGGCUAUAUAUCUCUCGAUUUCUCCAAUUCUAUAGUCGGGGCACCUUGCACAGUCCUGCUGUCUCUCGGUGUCUAAUAUUCUUUGCCUGAACGUAGCUUUUGCCUGGCCCAAGCCCAGACUUAGAAGGGCUUGAGGGGCAAAACCCAAUUUCCGGAGGGUGUUCAGGACUGCAGUCUGCAGGCCGACUGGAAUUGGUCACAGAGGAUCAAUGGGGCUAUCCCUCAGGGGAGCAGGUUCAAUGUCAGCCAUUUGUAGAUUGCUAUUAGGCAGAUGCUAGCCUCCACUCUCAUCAUCCCCGUUUCCAAUCUAACCCAUGCGUUUGAGACACAUCUGGGGACUUGGAGGAGAGGUCUAAGAAGUCUAGAUUGAACUCUCUCAAGGGGGGAGAAAGCAGAGGAAGGUGGGCCCAAAAAGGAACCAUAGAGGAGUUGUGCCAAGGUUUUGGCCAUGCCUAAUUUUAGAGCUUCGGGAAUGAAGAAACCCCCUUGUGCUCUGAAGAAUUUAAGGAUACAAUUAGUGUUUUUUUCCGCUAGGGGGUGCCCAAUUGGGGCUUCUCCAGGGGCAGCAGAAUGUCUUGGGCAGGAGAAUCCCUGCAGGGGCUCUCAGACUCCCUUGGCUUCUUCUUCUUCCCUCCCUCCCAGGAAGCUGAAACUUGCUCUGGAUUCUGCGCUCCUCGGAAAGCUGAACCUGCAAACCUAGCUGAGACUGAACCUGCAACCCUGGCCAGGAUGGAAGGAGGAAGAUGGACGGGUGACCUGGUUAGGCUGUCUCCCGCAUCCCUCCCCACAACCUCUGAGCAUUCCCUCCCAGGGCCCUUGGAGAAAUCUGGUGAGUUCCAGGGGAGAGGAGAUGGGGACAGGGAUAGAUGGGUGUUGGCAGGAGAAAGAGUAAAAGAUGGAGAGGAGACAAAUGGAAGGAAGUUCCUGACAGGAAGAAGGAAGGGGUGAGGCCUUCUGCAAAGCAGCUCUUUGUUUCUUGAAUCCUUUUCCUAAAGUAGUGGGGGCAGAUUUUCUUCCUCCAGGCUUUGAAAUCUUAGGUGUUAUUUCAACGGCAGGAAUAAUUGAUGAUAAUGAUGUUGCACACCAGUACUGAAAAAUGGGUGAAGGGGAAUGAAAUGCUUUGCAUAAUUAUUUAUAAUUAAUGUAUUUAAAUUGUUUCUAUUACUCUUAUUUUUUAUAGACAGGGUCAGAAUGAUACAUUCCACCAGCAUCAAAACACAAUAAAUGCAUGCACCUCCCCAGUUUGGUGGGCUUAAGGGACAAAGGACCAGUUAUCAUGAUACACAAUUCCUGUGGCUGGAGGCUCUGCACUUAGGAUUGGGCAUAUAAAGUCCAAGAGCGUCUGGUAUUAUAAGCAAACUGUGUAAACUUGCCAAUCUUACAGACUGGGGUUGUUUGUGUGAGUGAGUGAGUGAGUGAGUGGGAUAAUAAUUUUAGCAAUCCUGUGUAAUGGCUUGGUUCUCCCACACAGACAUUAGACAACUCCAGUAGUAAUUAUGUCAAACUCAUAAAUCACUGUGGAGCUCAGUCUUCGGCCUGUUCAUCCCAGCUUGCAGUUGCCGAGUCCUCCAGCAAAGAAGGCCCCACUUUCGCUUUCUUUUCACCUCUUCUCGCAGAUUCUCUCGAGCCUACGAUUUUUUGGACAGGCUAUUUCGGGGGCUCUGUGUAAGAGCUCAAACUGGAGAUAACAGUCUGUGCCCCCACCCCCCGUCACCCCCUCUUCCUGCUCUUUGUUCUUUGCUCCUGCUGCAGCUUGGCUGCUCCUCCCCUGCGUCACCUUCCAACUGAAUCACAUCUCUUGCGUUCUCAGGCUCUGUCAUCGGAGGCACAAGAGGUUUGAGAUUCACGGAGCUGACACCCUGUAAUUUUGUCCGUUCCUAAGCUUCCAUGGAGAUACUGUGGUACAACCUUGGUGCAAAUUUCAAAAUAAGUACACAAAGCCAACAAAGAGACUCAGAGGUUUAUAGUGGCACCAGCUUUCCUGGUCAAGAGUCCACUUUGUCAGACUGCAGCCCACAAAAGCUUAGGCCAUAAUACAUUUAUCUGCCUUUAAGGGCUGCAAAAGAUGAAUAAACAGAAGCGUAGUUCAUCUAUGGAAUCUAUCCUACAGGAGACAGUGACGGCCAGCAACAUGGAUAGCUUGAAAAAAAGGAUAAGACUGGCAUUUCUGCUCUGCCCUCGUGGUCUAGGCAAUAAUGCUUCUUGAUACUAGUUUCUGGAAAGCACAGGAAGGCAGAGAAGACUCUUGUGCUCCAAUCCUGCUUGCCGGUUUCCCACAGGCAUCUGGUUGGCCUCUGUGAGAAGAGGAUGCUGGACUAGGUGGGCCUUUGCCUGAUCCAGCAGGCUCUUCUUAGGUUCCAAUAUAUUGCAAUAUUUUUACAGUUACAUGUAGCACUUAAGUUUUACUUAUUUCACAAGGGAAAUACUGUUACUUGAGCCUGAGAUCAUUUCUUCACUUCGGAAAGAAAAAAUAGAUGUGUCUAAUAAGCCAAUUCCACCAUAAAUCUGUAUUAUAAAACGAUGGUGGUUUAUUGAGUUUGAAUGGAGUGAUCAUGUGUUGCUCCUGCCACUAUCUCAUCAGCUUUCGUAAAAUUUGGAACCUAGAGAAGAUAGUGGAGAAUGAAGGUGUUAAAAUAAGAGAAGGUACAGAUUGGGAUUGACAUGUGUUCAGUUCCCUUUUUGUCUUUCUUGAAAGUCUAACAGGAUUCUCUUUCCUCCCAGACUCCCAAACAGGUGAGGAAGAUGAAAGUCAGAAUUCUAUGAAGCCACAUGUGAAUUUAUGGGGGGGGGAAAAGAAAUUGAGGAUACAACAAAAAAGUCACAAAGGAGAGAAACUAUUUGAAUGUACGGCAUGUGGAAAGAGCUUCAGUGAAAGUGGAGAACUUAGAAUACACCAACGAACUCACACGGGGGAGAAACCAUUUAAAUGUAUUGAAUGUGGAAAUAGCUUCAUUAGAAGUGAACACCUUAGAAUACACCAACGAACUCACACAGGGGAGAAACCAUUUAAAUGUAUUGAAUGUGGAAAGAGCUUCAGUCGAAAUGGUACACUUAGAAUACACCAACAAACUCAUACAGGGGAGAAACCAUUUAAAUGUAUUGAAUGUGGAAAGAGCUUCACUACAACUGGGAAACUUAGAAUACACCAACGAACUCACACAGGGGAGAAACCAUUUAAAUGUAUUGAAUGUGGAAAUAGCUUCAGUGAAAGUCAAACACUUAGAGUACACCAACGAACUCACACAGGGGAGAAACCAUUUGAAUGUGUGGAUUGUGGAAAGAGCUUCAGUCGAAGUGGAACACUUAGAAUACACCAACGAGCUCACACAGGGGAGAAACCAUUUAAAUGUAUUGAAUGUGGAAAGAGCUUCAGUCGAAAUGAUACACUUAGAAUACACCAACAAACUCACAGAGGGGAGAAACCAUUUAAAUGUAUGGAGUGUGGAAAUAGCUUCAGUCAGUAUGGAAACCUUAGAAUACACCAACAAACUCACAGAGGGGAGAAACCAUUUAAAUGUAUGGAGUGUGGAAAUAGCUUCAGUCAGUAUGGAAACCUUAGAAUACACCAAAGAAUUCACACAGGGGAGAAACCAUUUGAAUGUUUUGAGUGUGGAAAGAGCUUCAGUGAAAGUGGAGCACUUAGAAUACACCAACGAACUCACACAGGGGAGAAACCAUUUAGAUGUAUUGAAUGUGGAAAGAGUUUUAGCAUAAGCGGAGCACUUAGAAUACACCAACGAACUCACACAGGGGAGAAACCAUUUAAAUGUAUUGAAUGUGGAAAGAGCUUCAGUCGAAAUGAUACACUUAGAAUACACCAACAAACUCACACAGGGGAGAAACCAUUUAAAUGUAUUGAAUGUGGAAAGAGCUUCAGUACAGGUGGGAAACUUAGAAGACACCAACGAACUCACACAGGGGAGAAACCAUUUAAAUGUAUUGAAUGUGGAAAGAGCUACAGUGAAAGUGGAGCACUUAGAAGACAUCAACGAACUCACACAGGGGGAAAAUCACAGAUACUUUAAUAAACCCCUUAGGUGUUUUUUACCUUUCAAACCACGCCAAUGCUUUCAGCCCCAGAAGAGGAGCUCCCCUUGGUGUCAGGGUAGGGGUCCAAGGGAGCAUCUGGAGCCCUGCCAUUCCUUCUGUCCCUGGCCCCUUCCCCUCCUCUCUAUGCCAUCCCAGGGCCACUCUUGACUCCACAGCAGGAGACUGGAUCUGUCUGUGAUGGUGAGAUGUCCUGGCUGGUUGACGGACCACUUCCUGUUUCCUGGAGCUCCAUCCUGCCUUCUGAUGCAAGGUGGAGUCAUGAAGCAGGUGAAGGCUGUGCACACCUAAGGGUGGUGCAGCGGGUGGGUGGGAUUCUGCUUAACCUUUCCCCGUCUGCUCCUUUUCUGGAUCCAAAUCCCCACACAAAAAGGGGUAGUGUGAGGGCGCAAUCAGUGUUAUGGAGCUGCACUGAAAAUCAUUGCUUUGUGACCGUAAGAGGCCCUUCUCAAAAAAACAACCAUCAAGAGAAUUUAAGCUAUAGAAUUUAAAACAAACAGAUAAUUACAAAAAAAGAAAGCAGUCUGGUGCCACAUUGCGUAGGAGUUACUUUAACACACUCUACCUGGGGCUGCCUUUGAAAAGAGCUCAGAAACUUCAACGGCUCAAAGAGCUGCAGACACAGUACUGACCAGGGCUGGCUAUAGGCAGCAUAGGACUCCCAUAUUAGAACAGCUCCAUCUGCCUAAUUGUCUGUUUCUGGACACAAUGUUUCCACAAGAAGAGGAAGAUAGAUUUGGAGUGCCGCAUUUUCAAAAAAGAUGGACACACGACUUUCUUUGUGGAGCUGAAAGGCAUGCCCGUGUGCCUCAUUUGUGGUGAGGCCCUCUCCGUCCUGAAGAAGGCCCACCUGCAGAGGCACCACAGGAUGAAGCACAUCCAGUACGAGGAGUUCCAAGGGCAGCUGCGCCAGGAGAAGGUCAAGGCGCUGAAAACGGACCUGUUGGGUAGCCUGUGGCCCCUCCAGAUGAAGUGAUAUUGCAACUCACGUCUUCUUUAGCCGUUGGCCACGCUGGCUGGGGCUCAUGGGAGCUGGAGUUCAAGGAUCUAGGUCCACAAAUGCCGGGGACAAUUCAAAUCCCUCCUCAGUCGUGAAGCCGAUUGGGUGACUUAAAGCUGGUCGCCAUCUUUAUGCGAAACCUCCCUCGCAGGGUUGCUGUGUGCGUGAAAGCAAUAUAUCUUGUGGUGGGCUUCAUGAGGGGAGUGUGGAACAGAAAUGUAAUUCAUGGGUAAGAAGACAGGAAAUAGUUAUGCGGUUUUAGCAGUAAUGUUAUAGAAUUAGGUAAAAUUCAGAUGCAAGUAAUGGACCACAUGGAAAUGGCGGAAAUGACUGGCAGAAUCCGAGACCAGGGAGAAGAGUUGGUGGAAGAAGAUUGGAGGAAAUUUAAAAUUUAUUUACAGAAACAUUGUAAAAUUUUUGAAUGUUAAUGGCAUUGAAAUGAACUGAAGGGGUUCUAGCAACAAGGUAAAAAAUAAGAUUGGAUUGAUAAUAGAUAAAUUAAUUGGAUAUGAAUUUGCUGAACUAAUUUUCAAAAGGGAUACAAAAAAGGGAGACGUGAGGAAGUCAGGAAAAUAAGUGAAUCAAAGAUGAGGAAUUAAAAAGAGGGAUUUUUGUGGGGGGUUUUUAAUGUGCUUUUUUCUUUCUUUUUCUUUUUUCUUUUCUAAGUUAAACUUUUGUAUUUUUUGUAUUUUAUAAUUUUAUAUUUUUGUGUGUUUUUUCCUUUUUCUGUUUGUUGUUAUUCUUAAAACUUAAUAAAAUAUCAUUUAAAAAAAACAGAUCAUGAAUAGGUGAUUAUGUAAAGUUACAAUAUAUUAAGAUAAAUCAUUAAGAUAAAAGCAAAAAUGGAAAGGAUUUGCUGAAGUAACUAAUUGAACUAGAAUACAAAAAAGGGAGGUGUGAGGAGGUCAGGGAAACAAGUAAAUGAAAGACAAGACAUGUAAAGAUUGAUUUGUUUUUAAUUGUUUUUAUUUUUCUGUACUUUGUUUUUUCUGUUUUCUUUUUAUUUUUGUAAUUCUUUGAAACUUUAAUAAAUAUUAUUUAUUUAAAAAAAAAAAAGAAUUAUGGUGCUGGAGGAGACUCGUGAGAGUCCCAUGGACUGCAAGAAGAUCAAACCUAUCCAUUCUGAAGGAGAUCAGCCCUGAGUGCUCACUGGAAAGACACAUACUGAAGCUGAGGUUUCAAUACUUUGCCCACCUCAUGAGAAGAGAAGGCUCCCUGGAAAAGACCCCCCUGAUGUUGGGAAAGAUGGAGGGCACACGGAGAAGGGGACGACAGAGGACGAGAUGGUUGGACAGUGUCCUCAAAGCUACGAACAUGAGUUUGACCAAGCUGCAGGAGGCAGUAGAAGACAGGAGUGCCUGGCGUGCUCUGGUCCAUGGGGUCAUGAAGAGUCGGACACAAAUAAACGACUAAACAACAACAAACUUGCCAAAUGAACCUUAUAUUGGCCCGUUUGACAAGACCAGCUACCAUGUUUGAGUUGUUGUUGUUUUUGGGGGGGGGAGGGGAAAGGCUUAAGCAUAAUUUUGGGAGGCAGCAAAUGGUCACAUUUAUUUAUUUAUUUUUAGUAAUAUUUAUUAAGGUUUUAAAGGUUACAAAAAGAAAAAAUAAUAACAUCAUAUUAAACAUCAAAAACAACACAUCAUAAUAGGAAAAGAAAAAAAAGAAAAUACAAAAAACAGAAAAAAGUCCAUUAAAAAAAUAAAACAUCGAAUCUUCCCAUAACUUAUCAUUUGUUAGCUUGUUUUCUUGACCUCCUCACACCUCCCUUUUUUGUAUUCUAGUUCGGUUAACUAUUUCAGCAAAUCCUUUCCAUCUUUUCCAAUUUUUGCCCUGUAAUUUAUCUUAAUAUGAUAUAACUUUACUUUCCCUCGUUUCACCAAUUAACAGUCUAUUUUUUCCUAAUCCUUUAUAACAUUUCUGCUAAAACCACAUAAGUUCAUUCCAAUAUCUUUCUAACAUUCAUUAAUUUUACAAUGUUUCUUUAAAUAGUCUUUAAAUUUCUUCCAAUCUUCUUCCACCGACUCUUCUCCCUGGUCUCGGAUCCUGCCAGUCAUUUCCGCCAGUUCCAUGUACUCCAUCACCUUCAUCUGCCAUUCUUCCCGGGUGGGUAGAUCUUGUGUCUUCCAAUACUUUGCGAUAAGUAUUCUUGCUGCUGUUGUAGCAUACAUUAAAAAAUUUCUAUCCUUCUUUAACACCAACUGGCCGACCAUGCCCAGGAGAAAGGCCUCUGGUUUCUUCAGAAAGGUAUAUUUAAAUACCUUUUUCAUUUCAUUAUAAAUCAUCUCCCAGAAAGCCUUAAUCCUUGGGCACGUCCACCAAAGGUGAAAGAAUGUACCUUCAGUCUCUUUACAUUUCCAACAUUUAUUGUCAGGCAAAUGAUAUAUUUUUGCGUGCCUAACUGGUGUCAUGUACCACCUGUAUAUCAUUUUCAUAAUAUUCUCUCUUAAGGCAUUAAUAGAGCAACUAUUACACGUGGAUUUGGAGAAACCACUGAGGUUGGAGACAGACGCAUCAGACAGAGCCAUCGGGGCUGUUCUUUUGCAGUCAGGAUUGGGCAAGCAAGAAUGGAAACCGUGUGCCUUUUUCUCGAGGAAGCUGAGCAAGUCGGAACAAAACUACACCGUGUAUGACCGAGAACUGCUCGCAAUCUACGCGGCCUUUCGUCGGUGACGCCAUCUGCUGAUAGGGGCGCAGCGCAAGAUCCAGGUUUGUACAGAUCACAAGAACUUGGAAUACUGGAGGACAGCACGAGUGCUCAACCAGAGACAGAUUCGCUGGGCGCAGGAAUUCUCCAAGUUUUCUUUUGCCAGGAGAGCAAAACGUGAGAGCAGACGCUCUUUCGCGAAAACCAGAGUACUUCGAAGGAGAGGGGCCGCCGGAGACACGACACGUCAUACCUGAGGACCGAUGGGUGUGUGGGGGAACUCUAGUGGGCACGAGGGAACUGGCAGGGCUCACUAGGAACGAUGAAUUCGCCCGAACAAAAAUCAGGGAACUCCAAAAUGGGAGGGGAGCACCAGAGGGGUUUGAAGAGAAGGAAGAGGUGUUGUACUAUAGGGGGGCGAUGUACGUACCGGGGGAAGUUCUAAGAAGAAGGGUACUCAAACAACUACAUGACACCCCCACAGCGGGACACUUUGGACAACACAAAACUAUGAUGUUGGUGACCAGACAAUUCUGGUGGCCAAGGGUGAGGGAAGAUGUACGAGAAUAUGUACGAGGGUGCGACUGCUGCCAAAGGGCCAAAGGGGAACGCACGGUACCAGCAGGUUUACUGGAACCCUUACCCACACCAAACAAACCCUGGGAGGUGGUGUCUAUUGAUUUUAUGACGGAUUUGCCCAAAUCAAGGGGAAAAACAGCAGUAAUGGUAGUAGUCGACUUGCUAACCAAAAUGUGCCAUUUCAUAGCCUGCUCACACGCGGUGACGGCAGAAGAAACGGCACGGUUGUUUGUAGAGCACAUUUUUAGGUUGCAUGGCGCCCCCUUGAGGGUUCUCUCCGACCGCGGAAAACAAUUUACUUCCCGGUUCUGGAGGAAGCUCAUGAGUCUGCUGCAAGUCGAGGUGAGUUUCUCGACAGUGAGACACCCAGAAACCAAUGGGCAAGCGGAAAGGGCAAACAGCAUACUCCAGCAAUACUUGCGCUGCUACGUAAGCAAGAGGCAGAAUGAUUGGGUAGAGAAACUAGCGUUAGCGGAAUUUGCGUACAAUAACGCUGAACAUGUGUCCACGGGAAUGAGUCCGUUUAUGGCCAACUAUGGGUGUCAUCCCAGGGCAUUUCCGGGUAGCGAGGAACAAAGCUGGAGUGUGCCCGCUGCUGAACAGUUUGUGGAAGAAAUGGAAGCUCUACACCAACAACUUAAGAUGAACCUAGAGAGGGCCAAGGUGAAUUACAAGAAGCAAGCAGAUAAGCACCGCAGGGAAGGGCAAACCAUACGGGUGGGGGAUCGAGUGUGGCUAUCCACUCAAGGGUUACCCUUUAAAGGAGGGUGCAAGAAGUUGCAGCCUAGAUGGCUCGGGCCAUUUGAAAUUACACAACAGAUAAACCCCGUGGCAUUCAAGCUCAGGUUGCCCGACAGUAUGAAAAUACAUCCUGUGUUCCACAGAUCCUUGCUCUCACCACACAGAGAGGGGUGGGAGUUCGUGGGGCGGGAAGUAGAAGUCAUGCCACAACCACAGGUAGAAGAAAGGGAACACCAAAGCUCGGCCGCGGAAAUAGUUGAUUCAAGGUGGAGAGGUCGGCAAGUGGAGUACUUGAUGGCGUGGGAAGGAGAGCCCUUGUCGGAAAACACGUGGGUGCCAGCGGAAGCAGUUGGUGACGAGCAUAUGGUGGAAGUGUUCCACCGCCGGUUCCCGGAUAAGCCCCAGCCCUUAGAGAGAUUCUGGGAGGAACAAUUUGGCACCACAGAUGACAAAGAGAGUUUCGAAGGGUUUUCAGAAUCCGAGGAAGAAUCGGACUGGGAGGGUCACCCCAUGGGUGGGAACCUUGGCAGGUGGGAAGAGGUUUCCGCACCCACGGAGGAGGAGGACAGCUCCUUCCGGGGUUUUCCUGUCUCACCGACCAGAGAAGAGGAAGAGAUAGAGCCCACAGGUCGAUCGGGGAGUGAAGGGGGCCCUGGGGGGGAGGUGGAUGUCAGGGAACUGACAUCAGAGACAUGGGAGAAGGAGAGGGUCUCCGAUUCUGCAGGUGAAGGUCCUAGCACAAGGGGGAGACUCAGCUUGGUGGAAGGGGAAGGAAAUACGCAUAACACCAAGAGUCCACGAGAGCAAUGGGAAGAGGAGGUGGAAGGGCUCCGGGAUUCUUCCCUGGAAGUCAGUGAAGAGAGCCCAGGCACUCUGCUACCCACGCCCACCCUGCGCAGGAGACUCCCGCGCAAUGAAAGGCGGAGACGAUUGGGUGUCAAACAGCUUUUAUGCUGGCAGAGGUUUAAGAAAUGCCCACAGACAGAUUCUGCCAGUGACUGAGGCAGCCAUGCGGAGAUGGGCUGUGCAGUCCGAAGGGUUUAACCAGGCAACCAAGCGCCCAAACGGGGUCGGCUUACGCACGAGUAACUCCAUUACAUUAUCAUACCACAAAUAUGCAUGCCACCCAAAUACAUUAUUGAAACCUUCUAAAUCCAAAAUGUCUGAGUUUUCAAGAAGAAGCCAUUCUUUCAGCCAGCAAAAAGCAGCUGAUUCAUAGUAAAGUUUAAGGUCUGGCAGGGCAAAUCCACCUCUUUCUUUUGCAUCAGUUAGUAUUUUAAAUUUUAUUCUGGGCUUCUUGCCCUGACAGACAAAUCUAGAAAUAUCUCUUUGCCACUUCUUGAAACAGUCAAUUUUAUCCAAAAUUUGCAGUGUUUGAAACAAAAACAACAUUCUUGGCAAUACAUUUAUUUUUAUCACAGCAAUACGGCCUAGCAAUGAAAGCUUCAGAUUUGACCAUAUUUCUAAAUCCUUUUUCACUUCCAUCCAGCAUUUUUCAUAAUUAUCUUUGAAUAAAUUCACAUUCUUGGCAGUCAUAUUAACCCCCAGGUAUUUCACUUUCUUAACCAAUGUUAAACCUGUCUCCUUCUGAAACCUCCCCCUCUCAGUCACUGUUAUUCUCUAAAACCUUAGUUUUUAACUUACUCAACUUGAAUCCUGCAACCUGACCAAAUUCUUGAAUCAGUUCCAAUACUCUUUUAGUGCUAGAUUCUGGCUCCUGUAAUGUCAAUACUAGAUCACCAGCAAAUGCUUUCAAUUUGUAAUGUUUGGCUCCGACUUGUAUACCUUUAACCAAUUGGUCCCUUCUAAUCAUAUUUAAGAGAACCUCCAGGUCCGAUAUAAAAAGCAAUAGGAAAAUUGGGCAACCUUGUCGCGCUUUUUAAUUUCGUGACUGCUGUCACCAUCUGCAGUGAUCAUGGAGCCAUCUGCAGUGAUCAUGGAGCCCAAGAAAGUAAAAUCUCUCAUUGCCUCCAUUUCUUCCCCUUCUAUUUGCCAGGAGGUGAUGGGACCAGUGGCCAUCAUCUUCGGUUUUUUGAUGUUGAGCUUCAGACCAUAUUUUGCGGUCUCCUCUUUCACCCUCAUUAAGAGGUUAAUUCCUCCUCGCUUUCUGCCAUCAAGGUUGUGUCAUCUGCAUAUCUGAGGUUGUUGAUAUUUCUUCCGGCAAUCUUAAUUCUGGCUUGGGAUUCAUCCACUCCAGCCUUUCACAUGUUGAAUUCCGCAUAUAAGUUAAAUAAGCGGGGAGCAAUAUACAGCCUUGUUGUACUCUUUCCCAAUUUUGAACCAAUCAGUUGUUCCAUGUCCAGUUCUAACUGUAGCUUCUUGUCCCACAUAUAGAUUUCUUAUGUUAAGGAAAUUAGGGGGGGCACAUCUUUAAAGUUAUUAAAUGUUACAGAUAUUAUGCCUGAAUGUAUCCUUUCAACUUGACAGCUCAGGGAAGUUACCAUAUUUUUGCUCUAUAAGACUCACUUUUUCCCUCCUAAAAAGUAAGGGGAAAUGUGUGUGGGUCUUAUGGAGUGAAUGCAGGCUGCACAGCUAUCACAGAAGCAAGAACAGCAAGAGGGAUUGCUACUUUCACUGCGCAGCGAUCCCUCUUGCUGUUCUGGCUUCUGAGAUUCAGAAUACUUUUUUUCUUGUUUUCCUCCUCCAAAAACUAGAUGCGUCUUGUGGUCUGGUGCGUCUUAUAGAGCGAAAAAUACGGUACCUAGCUUUAAAAAUAAUAUAAAAUCAACACCUUUGCCAGUUUCCUCCAUUUCAAAGCUAUUUUCCCCUUGAAAAAGGACUCCAGGAAGUGUCCAGGGGUGAGAAUUGCUGAGCUGGGCCAAGGAAAGCCUAAUCCUAUCACCAAACGUGCCAAGGGGCCAGACAUGCAAAGGAAGUUCUAUUGUACUUUGGGUGAUGGGACUUCAGAGGUGUUUGCCUAUGCUAAUCUUAUACCUGAGUCUUGCCCUGACAUGUCUGCUUAUGCUAAUCUUGUACCAAGGACUUGUCUGGACAUGUUUGCCAAGGUUAGACUAGUGUAACCCCUGUCUACCCCUCUGCUAUUGUGACAUGUCAGUGAUGUAACAAUCAUAUAGCAAUGAUGCUCUACGAACUGUAUUCUGGGAUAUGGUGGGAAAGUUUUAAAAGUCUUUGUCACCCCAUGCUUGGGGUCCAAAAUUCCUCUUUGAACCUGUUGCGCAAUAAACUUUGGUCUACAGCUAUUUGCUCCAGUUGGUGACUGGAUUCCUUCCUUUAUUCUGCAAGGGACCUGCGGGCUCUUCCCAAUGAGCUGGUUUGACUGAGCAGUCUCACACCUAGAUUUUACCAUAACACUCAGGAGACAGAUGAGGUGAUCAGGCACUCCUAUUUCUUUAAGAACUUGCCAUAAUUUGCUGUGGUCGACACAGUCAAAGGCUUUUAUGUAGUCAGUGAAGCAGAAGUAGAUGUUUUUAUGGAACUCCCUAGCUUUCUCCAUAAUCCAGCAUGUUUGCAAUUUGGUCUCUGGUUCCUCUGCCCCUUCGAAAUCCAGCUUGCACUCCUGGGAGUUCUCAGUCUGUCAGGUUCCACUCUGAAAGAACCCUCAGAGGAGGCUGGAUCUUUCCUCAUAACUCAUCGCUGGAGGCAUAAGCUGCAGAGCUCUCACGGAAGGAAGCUUAAACUUGAGAAGCCAGUUUGUUCUUGCUGGAGAUGGCUAGGAGAAGCAGCAGCAGCAGUUGCAAAUAAGUCAUGCAAUGUUGAAGAAGCUUAGGAUCUCUCUCUGGGACCAGAGAGAGGAAAGCUGACUGAAUCACAUAAAGGACUGAACAUUGUUUGCAACGUGCUACUUUAUCAUGUUUAUCUUAUUGUUAGACUGUUUAAGACUGUUCUGCGGUAAAGCUUCAAAACUUAUUUUUGUGAUGGAGAGAAUUCAUUUCCACACAAGGUCCAGAUCAGGAAUUCCACAGAACAACUUUAACAGCAAGUACUUGAAGGGUACUUCAGCAAGUACUUCAACAAGUACUUGAAGGGACGCGGGUGGUGCUGGUUGUUAAACCACAGAGCCUAGGGCUUGCCGAUCAGAAGGUUGGCAGUUCAAAUCCCCACGGCGGGGUGAGCUCCCGUUGCUCGGUUCCUGCUCCUGCCAACCUAGCAGUUCGAAAGAACAUCAAAGUGCAAGUAGAUAAAUAGGUACCGCUCUGGCGGGAAGGUAAACGGCGUUUCUGUGCGCUGUUCUGGUUCACCAGAAGUAGCUUAGUCAUGCUGGCCACAUGACCCGGAAGCUGUACGCCGGCUCCCUCGGCCAGUAAGAGAGAUGAGCGCUGCAACCCCAGAGUUGUCUACAACUGGGUCUAAUGGUCAGGGGUCCCUUCACCUUUACCUUUACUUGAAGGACCAAACCAAGAAUUACAACAAUCUCUUCCUCAAAAUGGUUCAGCCUCCACCACCUUUACUGCAGUCAACUGAAGGCAACCAACUAUGCCCUGGGCCCCCCGAUCUUUCUCACUGCUAAUGAAAACUAAUAAAUGAAAAGGAAGAGAACCUAUCCAUGUCACACUGACACAAACACCUUGCAUAUGAACUUUGUAAAAUAAUGAAAGUGUACUAAUUUAUUAUUUGUACCCCGCCCAUCUGGCUGGGUUUCCCCAACCACUCUGGGCGGCUUCCAACAAAGAUGAAAAAUACACUAAAAUGUCACAUAUUAAAAACUUCCCUGAACAGGGCUGCCUUCAGAUGUCUUCUGAAUGUCAGGUAGUUGUUUAUCGCUUUGACAUCUGAUGGGAGGGCGUUCCACAGGACGGGCGCCACUACCGAGAAGGCCCUCUGCCUGGUUCCCUGUAACUUGGCCUCUCGCAGUGAGGGAACCGCCAGAAGGCCCUCGGAGCUGGACCUCAGUGUCUGGGCAGAACGAUGGGGGUGGAGACGCUCCUUCAGAUAUACUGGACCGAGGCCGUUUAGGGCUUUAAAGGUCAGCACCAACACUUUGAAUUGUGCUUGGAAACUUACUGGGAGCCAAUGUAGGUCUUUCAAGACCGGUGUUAUAUGAUCUCGGUGGCUGCUCCCAGUCACCAGUCUAGCUGCCGCAUUCUGGAUUAGUUGUAGUUUCCGGGUCACCUUCAAAGGUAGCCCCACGUAGAGCGCAUUCCAGUAGUCCAAGCGGGAGAUAACCAGAGCAUGCACCACUCUGGCGAGACAGUCUGCAGGCAGAUAGGGUCUCAGCCUACGUACCAGAUGGAGCUGGUAAACAGCUGCCCUGGAUACAGAUUUGACCUGUGCCUCCAUGGACAGCUGUGAGUCCAAAAUGACUCCCAGGCUGCGCACCUGGUCCUUCAGGGGCACAGUUACCUCAUUCAGGACCAGGGAAUCCUCCACACCUGCCCGCCUCCUGUCCCCCCAAAACAGUACUUCUGUCUUGUCAGGAUUCAACCUCAAUCUGUUAGCCGCCAUCCAUCCUCCAACCGCCUCCAGACACUCACACAGGACCUUCACCGCCUUCACUGGUUCUGAUUUAAAAGAGAGGUAGAGCUGGGUAUCAUGCGCAUACUGAUGAACACCCACCCCAAACCUCCUGAUGAUCUCUCCCAGUGGCUGCAUGUAGAUGUUGAAAAGCAUGGGGGAGAGGACAGAACCCUGAGGCACCCCACAAGUGAGAGCCCAGGGGUCUGAACACUCAUCCCCACCACCACUUUCUGAACACGGCCCAGGAGGAAGGAGCGGAACCACUGUAUGACAGUGCCCCCAGCUCCCAGCCCCUCAAGACGGUCCAGAAGGAUGUUAUGGUCGAUGGUAUCAAACACCGCUGAGAGAUCCAGCAGAACUAGGAAACAGCUCUCACCUUUGUCCCUAGCCCGCCGGAUAUCAUCAACCAGUGCGACCAAGGCAGUUUCAGUCCCAUGAUGAGGCCUGAAUCCCGACUGGAAGGGAUCCAAAUGGUCCGCUUCUUCCAGGCGUGCCUGGAGUUGUUCAGCAACCACUCGCUCAAUCACCUUGCCCAAGAAUGGAAGAUUUGAGACUGGGCGAUAAUUGGCCAUCGUGGCCGCAUCUAAAGAUGGCUUUUUAAGAAGCGGUUUAAUAACCGCCUCUUUUAACGGGUCUGGGAAGGCUCUCUCACGGAGGGAAGCAUUCACCACCCCACGAAGCCCAUCGCCCAGUCCUUCCCGGCUAUCUUUUAUAAGCCAGGAUGGGCAAGGAUCCAGGAGACAGGGGGUUGGCUUCACUCGUCCAAGCAGCCUGUCCACAUCCUCGGAGGUAACAGGUUGGAAUUGAUCCCACACAACUUGACUAGACAGGACUCUAGCACUCUCCCGCCCUGGCUCUGCUCCCACGGUGGAGUCUACUUCUUCCCGAAUCUGAGCGAUUUUAUCUGCAAAAAACUUUGCAAAAUCAUAUACAAAGAUCUGUUGUUUCUUUUCCAACAUGCUAGAAGUUGCAGCCAGGAUCAGCAUUCCCUGUCCACUGAACAUUCUCAGUCUUUCCACUUGGUUGUUUUUGGAUUUCCUUCCACUGCCUUGGUUCCCCCACCCCCAAAUAUUAUUUGUACUUCCAUAAACCUUGAUGUUUUCCCCAGUCUUUGGAUAACUUCCCCUCGUCCCUGGGUGGAGCCGUUUGGGUGACAUAAUGAUUGUUAUUCACAGCCUGAACAUCAGAAAUAGAAAGAGUAAUAAUAUAUUUCAAAAACUGGCAAAUGGUUAAAAAAUGUGCUUUUGUUUUUAUUCUUGAGUUUUAUUUUACUUUGUGUUUAUUUCUUUUCCAGCAGGGUGGCAUAAAAAUGGAAGAGCAGGGACCCAGGAGACCCAUUCAAAGGGAGAGACUGGAGUGCAAAGGAAGGAAACCUCCUGCCGGCCAAGUUGGGACCAUCAGGGAUCUUCUGCCUUGGGCAGAUUUUUGUCAAAUUAAGCAGGAGCCAGAGGAGGGGCAGCCGCAGCAGCACUGGGAGGCCCAGAAGCAGGAUUUCCUGAAGAUGAUGCAGCCCCCUCCUUCAGGGUGGGAAACCCCACAGGCUCCCAGUUCUCCCCACUCUGGGGAUGGUGUCCUCUCCUUCAGGGGAGCUGCGGGUGCCAGUCGGUGGCCCAGUGGGAGAGCAGGGGGGACAGACCAGACCCUGCUCCCAGACACUGAGGGGCUUCUGGGAAAGGUAAGUGCCCUCCUCUCACCUGGGUUUCCAGGACCUGGAGGUCACAGGUCCACUGCCUCUAGACAUGGAGGUUCUGUUUAGCUUUGGUGGUGAAUAUUCCUCCUCCCUGCACUUUCUCUCUAAUCCGCUUUUAAAAGGCUUGCUAGACCAAACUUUCUUAUACAUGGGAGUUUUGUGAUCAUAUCUCCUUCUGUUCGUACUUUACCUAAACAGCUGCAGGGGACACUGAAUUUCAUCAGAGCAGAAGCUACGUCAGAAGAGGGGUCCUUCCACCAACCCCCUUUUUCCUCCUCUAAAUUUCCUCCAUUUCCAAAAUGCUCUUUUUGCUCCCCACUGGGGUAGAAAUCUUGGCACGUCUUGCAGCCUCAGCACUGCCAUGUGCAGUUCAAAUAGAAUAACACUGGCCUACCUUGCAAGGUUGUUGCAAGAUUUAUUAAGAUAAUGGCCAGGUUCAGAUGACUAAAUCACAGCCUGAAAAGCUGGGUUAAAAAUAGGAACAGUUUGUAAUGCAUUGCUGCAGCAAAGUUAUGCUAAGGCCUAAGUUGACCCAAGUUUAAAACUAAAAACUCUAGCCGCCACCACAGUCUCCUUGCCCCCACAGCCAGAAUGCAUCACUCCAGGAAGGACUCCCACCCAACCUUUAGUGUGAGAGGGCAAAAGAAAAGGACUCCGCAUGGGUAGUUGCACAAAUUUACCAGCUGUGGUCCUGCCCUGCAGUGAGGCUAACAAACAGGGGAGCUGGGAAUGUGCUGGUCCCAUAUCUGCCUCCUGACCUAAUUGUCCCACCUUACCUCAUGAUUGGGCCAGCCCUGAGGGUGAACUGUGAUGAAACCAGGCAGUCUCUUAUGAGCCAUAACUAACAAACUUUCCAUUUUUCCCAAACCAGGAAACUACAGCUGCCAGCUUUGGAAUAAGCUGGGAUAUUAAGCUAACUUCAAUCUGUGCUUGGUGAAAACAGGAAACUCUGGUUGAUAAGUGGCUUCGUGGUUUGACUGAUCCCACUGAUAGCAGUAAAAAUAGGAAGGGCAAAAGAAAAGGACUCUGCAUGGGUAGUUGCACAAAUUUACCAGCUGUGGUCCUGCACUGGCAGCAAGGCUAACAAACAGGGGAGCUGGGAACGUGCUGGUCCCAUAUCUCCCUGCAUCUGCCUUCUGACCUAAUUGUCCCACCUAACCUCAUGAUUGGGCCGGCCCUGAUGGGGAACUGUGAUGAAGCCAUAACUAACAAACUUUCCAUUUUGCCCAAACCAGGAAACUACGGCUGCCAGCUUUGGAAUAAGCUGGGAUAUUAAGCUAACUUCAAACUGUGCUUGGUCAAAACAGGAAACUCUGGCUGAUCAGUGGCUUCGUGGUUUGACUGAUCCCACUGAUAGCAGUAAAAAUAGGAAGCCCUGUUGCAUUCAAAGGGGUUGUUUGCACAGAGUCUCUGAUCAGCAUGCCUAGCAGGACAGGCUUAAAAAGGUAUAGGGACCCCUGACCAUUAGGUCCAGUCGUGACCGACUCUGGGGUUGUGGCACUCCUCUCGCUUUACUGGCCGAGGAUGCCGGCGUACACCUUCCGGGACAUGUGGCCAGCAUGACUAAGCCGCUUCUUGCGAAGCAGAGCAGCGCAUGGAAAUACCGUUUACCUUCCUGCCGGAGCGGUGCCUAUUUAUCUACUUGCACUUUGACGUGCUUUCGAACUGCUAGGUUGGCAGGAGCAGGGACCAAGCAAUGGGAGCUCACCCCGUUGCGGGGAUUUGAACUGCCAGCCUUCUGAUCGGCAAGUCCUAGGCUCUGUGGUUUAACUCACAGCGCCACUCGUGUCCCAGGACAGGCUUGGGAAUCAGUUGUUAUUAUUAUUAUUAUUAUUAUUAUUAUUAUUAUUAUUAUUAUUUGCAUCCUCCCUAUCUGACUGGGUUGCCUCAGCUGGGCAACUGGGUAGCUUCCAACAAAAUAAAAACCAUCAAAAAUUUCCUUGUAAAAGGCUGCCUUGGAAGUCUUCCAUUUUGUAGAAAUGGCCUUCGGUUUUAAAGAAUUGCCCUCUUUAAGUAAUCACGUGGUGUAAACAUGUAUGUCGUCCUCUACGUCCAAACACACACAGACACACACAUAGUAGGAACAAGCAGUGCUUUAAAGUGCUUCUCUUGCAAACUUGCCAUCUAAGUUGUUUACUCCUGACCAAAGCUCCUGUUUCCCAAAAGGACAGGAGAGGGAGCAGAGGAGGAAACCGAUGGGUUUGAAGGCUCUUUCCCUCAGCCGCCUCUCUCCUUUGAGGAACAAGAGAAAAGGGUGUUUGCAGGGCAGGAGGACAGAGGCGGCGGCAGCGAGGGCAGAGGGAGCAGUGGGCGGAUCCACCGCCUCUCCCAGGGGGUCCUGAUGCAAGCAAGGGGCUUCCUUCUUCUCCAUGCAAGGGCCACCCAUGUAUUCAGAGCAGUCCUUUGCAAAUUAACUCUUAAGUUCUAUGGGAUCUACUCUCAGGCCACUAAUGUGCAUACCGUGCCAGCCUUAGGAAGGGAGGUGGGACAGGCAGGUGAAAGGAAUUGCCAAAGGUGUUUGAAAAUGCGUGGGGGCUCUUGGGAAGGGGAUGCCCAAUUGGGGCUUCUCCAGGGGCAGCAGAAUGUCUUGGGCAGGAGAAUUCCUGAAGGGGCUCUGAGACUCCCUUGGCUUCUUCUUCCCUCCCUCCCAGGAAGCUGCAACUGGCUCUGGAUUCUGCACUCCUCAGGAAGCUGAACCUGCAAACCUAGCUGAGACUGAACCUGCAACCCUGGCCAGGAUGGAAGGAGGAAGAUGGUCGAAAUAUUGGGAAAUAUUAGAAAAAGAUGGUGAUACUUGGAGAUUGCAGAGUUUUGAGAAAUUAAAGGACAAAGUGCAAGACUGGUUACAUUAUGCUCAGAUUAGGGAGGUUUUUAAUCUGGACAAAAAAAUAGGUUUCCAGGUGGAAAAAUCGAAACUAGAGACAGAGUGUUAGAACCUAAGACUAAGGUACUUUCAAAAAUGUACAACUUGCUGUUAAAAUGGAACACUCAAGAUGAAACGGUUAAAUCAGCUAUGAUAAAAUGGGCACAGGACAUUGGGUAUAAUAUCAUGUUUGCUGACUGGGAAAGGUUAUGGACCACCGGUGUGAGGUUCACGGCAUGUAAUGCCCUGAAAGAAAAUAUUAUGAAAAUGAUUUAUAGGUGGUACAUGACCCCAGUCAAGCUUGCAAAAAUAUAUCAUUUGCCUGAUAAUAAAUGUUGGAAAUGUAAGGGAACUGAAGGAACAUUCUUUCACCUCUGGUGGACUUGCCCAAGGGUUAAGGCUUUCUGGGAAAUGAUCUAUAACGAGUUAAAAAAGGUAUUUAAGUAUACCUUCCCUAAGAAACCAGAGGCCUUCCUUUUGGGCAUUGUUGGCCAGAGGGUGCUAAAGAAGGACCGAACUUUAUUUAUGUAUGCAACAACAGCAGCAAGAAUACUCAUUGCAAAACAUUGGAAGACCCAAGAUUUGCCCACUCUGGAAGAAUGGCAGACGCAACUGAUAGACUACAUGGAACUGGCAGAAAUGACUGGCAGAAUCCGAGACCUGGGAGAAGAGACAGUGGAAGAGGACUGGAAAAAGUUUAAGGACUAUCUACAAAAAUAUUGUAAACUGUAUGAAUGUUAAGAAGAUGCAGGACAGAAAACAACAUGGCAUCAGCAAUUUAGUUGAAAGAAAUAUGAGAAUAAGUGAUGUAUAAGAACAAAGAUGAAAUUUGGAUUAAUAUUAUGUCUAAAUUAAAUAUCAAAGUAUUUGAUAAAAAUAUCUAAAGUUGGAGACAUAAUAUCUGAAAAUUACAAAAUAAGAGUUGAAACAAGGUGAUAAAUUGCUGCUUAUAAUUUUAUAAUUGGGAACGCAGGAAAGGGAGAUGUGAGGAAGUCCGAAAGGUUAUGGAAAUAUGGUUUUUUGACACUCGAUUUUGUUGUAUUUUAUAUAUUCUGUGUUAAUUUUUUUGUCUUUUUCUUUCUUUCUUUCUUUGUUUUAUCUUGGUGAUGGUAUUUUAUGUGUUUGGUGAUUUAUUGUUUAAAACCUUUAAUAAAUAUCUUUUUUAAAAAAAAAGGAAGGAGGAAGAUGGACGGGUGACUCUGUUUUCUUCCUCCAGGCUUUGAAAUCUUAGGUGUUAUUUCCACGGCAGAAAUAAUUGAUGAUAAUGAUGUUGCACACCAAUCCUGAAAAAUCGGUGAAGGGGGAUGGAAAUGCUUCCCAUAAUUAUUUAUAAUUAAUGUAUUUAAAUUGUUUCUGUUAAUUUUAUUUGUUGUAGACAGGGUCAGAGAGAUACAUUCCACCAGCAUCAAAAUACAAUAAAUGUAAGCACCUCUCCAGUUUGGUGGGCUUAGGGGACAAAGGACCCAUUAUCAUGAUACACAAUUCCUGUGGCUGGAGGCUCUACACUUAGGAUUGGACAUAUGAAGACCAACAGUGGUCAGUAUUAUUUACUCGGUUACUAAUGAUCGCCAUAGUAGAAGAAGAAGCAAAUUGUGUAAACUUGCCAAUCUUUCAGACUGGGAUUGUGUGUUAGAGUGAGUGGGAUAAUAAUUUAUACCACCCUGUAAUUUUGUCCGUCCCUAAGCUUACAUGGAGAUACUAUGGUACAACCUUGGUACAAAUUUCAAAAUAAGUACACAAAGCCAACAAAGAGACUCAGAAGUUUAUAGUGGCACCACGUAUCCUGCUCAAAAUUCCACUUUGUCUGACUGCAGCCCACAAAAGCUUAGGCCAUAUACAUCUAUCAGCCUUUAAGGGCUGCAAAGAUGAAUCAACAGAAGCAUAGUUCAUCUAUGGAAUCCAUCCUACAGGAGACAGUGACGGACAGCAACUUGGAUAGCUUGAAAAAAAGGAUAAGACUGACGUCUCUGCUCUGCCCUCGCGGUCCUAGGCAAUAACGCUUCUUAAUACUAGUUUCUGGAAAGCACAGGAAGGCAGAGAAGACUCUUGUGCUCCAAUCCUGCUUGCCGGUUUCCCACAGGCAUCUGGUUGGCCUCUGUGAGAAUCAUGUGUUGCUCCUGCCAUUAUCUCAUCUGCUUUUCAAAAAAUAUGGAACCUAGAGAGGACAGUGGAGAAUGAGGAUGUUACAAUGAGAGAAGAUGCAGAUUGGGAUUGACAGGUGUUCAGUUCCCUUUUUGUCUUUCUUGAAAGUCUAACAGGAUUCUCUUUCCUCACAGACUCCCAAACAGGUGAGGAAGAUGAAAGUCAGAAUUCUAUGGAGCCACCUGUGAAUUCAUUGGGAAGAACAAAGAAACAGUUUAAAUGUAUGGAAUGUGGGAUGUGCUUUUAUCACAGUGCAAGUCUGAGGAUACAUCAACGAACUCACACAAGGGAGAAACCAUUUGAAUGUAUGGAAUGUGGAAAGAGCUACAGUCGAAGUGGGGCACUUAGAAGACAUGAACGAACUCACACGGGGGAGAAACCAUUUAAAUGCAUGGAUUGUGGAAAGAGCUUCAGUCGAAGUGAUAGAAAACAUCAACGAAUUCACAUGGGGGAGAAGCCAUUUAAAUGUAUUGAAUGUAGAAAGAGCUUCAGUAAAGAUGAAGCACUUAGAAUACACCAACGAACUCACACGGGGAGAAACCAUUUGAAUGUAGGGAGUGCGAUAAGAGCUUCAGUCGAAGUUGGGCACUUAGAUUACAUCAACAAACUCACACUGGGGAGAAACCAUUUGAAUGUGUGGAUUGUGGAAAGAGCUUCAGUCGAAGCGGAUAUCUUAGAAUACAUCAACGAACUCAUACGGGGGAGAAACCAUUUGAAUGUAUUGAAUGUGGAAAGAGCUUCAGUGAAAGUGGAUAUCUUAGAAUACAUCAACGAACUCAUAUGGGGGAGAAGCCAUUUGAAUGUACUGAAUGUGGAAAGAGCUUCAGUAGGAAUGAAACACUUAGAAUACAUCAACGAAUACAUACAGAUAAACAAUUUAAAUGUACUGAAUGUAGAAAGAGCUUCAGUCAAUAUGGACACCUUAGAAUACAUCAGCGAACUCACACAGAGGAAAAACCAUUUGAAUGUACUGAAUGUGGAAAAAGCUUCAGUAGGAAUGGAACACUUAGAAUACAUCAACGAACCCACACGGGGGAGAAACCCUUUAAAUGUAUUGAAUGUAGAAAGAGCUUCAGUGAAAGUGGAUAUCUUAGAAUACAUCAACGAACUCACACGGGGGAGAAACCAUCUGAAUGUGUGGAUUGUGGAAAGAGCUUCAGUCAAAGUGGAUAUCUUAGAAUACAUCAACGAACUCACACAGGGGAGAAACCAUUUAAAUGUAUUGAAUGUGGAAAAAGCUUCAGUGAAGGUGGGAAACUUAGAAUACAUCAACGAACUCACACAGGGGAGAAGCCAUUUAAAUGUAUGGGGUGUGGAAUGAUCUUCAGUAAAAAUGGACGCCUUAGAAGACUUUAAAAGGUUGCUGACCCCUGUCUCUGGGUGUGCAAAAAAGAAUUUGGAAGUGUUUGUUUUCAUUCUUGGGGGCCAUGAUGUUUGGCAACCCUCUCUUUUUCAAGAGCUAACGUCAGGGCUAUGAGAGGCUAAGGAAAAGCCUUUUGUUUGUUGUUAAUUAAAAAAAACCUUCAAAAUGUGACAAAUGUUUGUGGGGGCUCCAUCUGUUGCUGCUGCUGCUGAGGGGGCCCUGAAUCUCACCCCCAAAUGUCUGCCAUGAUGGUAGCAGGAUGGGAGAAGUCAAGUGCCCAGAAUCGAAAAGGAAAAGUAUUUUCUGCAUCUUUCUUGAACGAAAUGGAUAUGUCUGAAACCUCAGACAAAGUUAAUGUGACAGCAUUGAAGCUGUUGCUCAUUAAUCAAUUAAUGUCAUAUUUAUCACUGCUGAUGAAAAGAGUCUACCCUUCAAAGACACAAGGUGGUAUUUCCUACAAUAUAAUGAUGUCCUAAACAAACAAUCAGACCCAGAAAUUCCAGCAGGUGCAGAAUGCCAUGGCGAGGCUCCUUAUGGGGUCCUUGCCAUGGGAUCACAUUCAUCAAUACAAUACAAUACGAUAAUCUUUAUUGUCAUUGUCCCAUACAGAACAACCAAAUUGAAAAAAUCUGCAUCAGACAUUCAAAAACCAACAAGCCUGCUAUCCCAGCCUGGUUAACCCCCUAGAAACACUGAUUCCCAUAAUUAAAUACAAUAUACUCACCUAGAGACUACCUUACAUUGCGUUUAAAACCAAAAUCGCAUUUGGAUAGAAACUGUUUUUCGGUUUCAUCCAGUGCUUUACCAACAGCACUGGCUCCUGGUGGAGUACAGGGUCAGGUUUAAGGUGCUGGUUUUGACCUGUAAAGCCCUAUGCGGCCUAGGACCCACGUAACUACGGGACCGCCUCUCCUGGUAUGCCCCACGGAGGACUUUAAGGUCCACAAAUGACAACACUUUGGAGGUCCCAAGUCACAAGGUGGUUAGAUUGGUCUGAACUAGGGCCAGGGCCUUUUCCGUAUUGGCCCUGACUUGGUGGAACGCUCUGUCACAAGGGACCAGGGCCCUGAAAAAGCGUCUUCACCCCCAUCGUUCUACCCGGACACUGAUUUCCAGCGCUGAGGGCCUUCUGGCGGUUCCCUCACUGCGAGAAGCCAAGCUUACAGUGAACCAGACAGAGGGCCUUCUCGGUAGUGGCGCCUUCCCUGUGGAACGCCAUCCCACCAGCUGUCAAAGAGAGCAACAACUACCAGACUUUUAGAAGACAUCUGAAGGCAGCCCUGUUUAGGGAAGCUUUUAAUGUUUGAUGUAUUACGGUGUUUUAAUAUUUUGUUGGAAGCCGCCCAGAGUGGCUGGGGAAGCCCAGCCAGAUGGGUGGGGUAUAAAUAAUAAAUUAUGAUGAUGAUGAUGAUUAUUGGCAUCUUUCUGCAGGGCCUGCAAGACAGAGCUGUUCCGCCUGGCCUUUGGUUUGGACUCAGUCUGACCCUUAUGUUUCUCUCCCCUUAUGGUUUUGAUCUAUGGGCUACCGUAUUUUUCGCACCAUAGGACGCACCGGACAAUAGGACGCACCUUGUUUUAGAGGGGGGAGAACAAGGGGAAAAAAUUCUUCCGCUCUCUGUCCAGCGCCCCUUCAGUGAAGCGGCAGGAGGCGCUGCGCAGAGAGUGGGAGAAUUUUCCCCCUCUUGUUUUCCCACUCUAAAACAAGGUGCCGUUUAAGGUGCGUUCAGGCGGCUACCUUGGAAGCCUGGAGAGCGAGAGGGGUCGGUGCGCACCGACCCUCUCGCUCUCCAGGCUUCAGGUUCCUUUCGACCUGCUCUUUGGGGCUGGUGGGGGGAAGCCCACCACCAGCCACAAAGAGCAGGUCAGGGAGCAGCGGAAAGGCACAGCAGAGAGGCUGCUGCCAUAGUCACGCGUCACUUCUCCAGCUGGGAGAGGGUCGCGGGGCUAUGGCUUCUUUAGCCCCGCGCGCCUAUGGAGGCUCCUGCCAUAGGCGCGUGUCACCUCUCCAGCCGGGAGAGGGUCGCGGGGGGCUGCUUUAGCCCCGCGCGCGCUCUCCCGGCUGGAGAGGUGACGCUCAGCUAUGGAGGCUCCUGCCAUAGGCGCGCGUCACCUCUCCAGCCGGGAGAGGGUCGCAGGGCUAUGGCGUCUUCGCUCCAUAGGACGCACACACAUUUCCCCUUCAUUUUUGAAGGGGAAAAAGUGCGUCCUAUAGAGCGAAAAAUACGGUACUUUUAAAAUGAGGCAGCAUUUUAAAUUGUAUUUCAGCUUGUAUUUUGAAUUGGGUUUUUUCCCCUAUUAUGUUUUUAUUGUAAUCUUGCUGGUGUUAGCCUCCCGGGGAGGGCGGGGCAUAAAUAAAAUAUUAUUAUUAUUAUAUAUUUGCCUUCUGGAAGGUGGGGCAAGAUGCUGAGGGAAUCUAUUACAUCUGGAGGAGAGAAUAAUAAUAAUAAAAAAUUUUAUUUAUAUCCCGCCCUCCCCAGCCGAAGCUGGGCUCAGGGCGGCUAACAACAAUCAAAAUAAUCCAACAUUCUAAAAACAUUCAUUAUAAAAUUAAUUAAAAUCAAAUUGAUGGCAACCAUUAAGCAAGAUUCUGCGCAGAUUGCCAGAGAAGGGGGUCAGACUGUGCCCUGACCAAAGGCCUGAUGGAACAGCUCUGUCUUGCAGGCCCUGCGGAAAGAGCACAAUUUCUGUUCUCACCCUGAAGCCAAGUUCUUAACCCGAGGUACUAUUUCUGGGUUAGCGGAGUCUGUAACCUGAAGUGUAUGUAACCUGAAGCGUAUGUAACCCGAGGUACCACUGUAUCUAUGUACUGGCUCACUGGGAAAACUUCAGAAAUUCAUAUAGAAUCACUUGAGUGUCGGAUUUACACCAUUCCAACGUUCUUCUGUUCAGGAAGGAAAUGGCUGCCAAGGGAGGAGCUUGGGACAUGAGUGAGGGCAGCCAUAAUCCCUAAAGUGUGAGCCCAUGUACUCAGCAGCCCCUUUGCCUGAGUGAUAUAAUCUCUGGCAUCCUGAUACCUGAGUGCGGGACAGCUAAGCCAUUCCAGAAACAAUAGCAAACCCAGAUCAAGACAAAAGGGUGUGAUUAACUUGGGCUGGGAAACAGGGACAUGUAAAUAUCUCUUUUGCAUCACUUGAUGAGUGUAUGGUGGAGGUCAGCUGAAGCGUGGGGGAGGCCCUGAUGCUCAGGUUUCUGUCGCCAGACCCUCCCAAUUUGUAUGUAAUUUGUAAUGUAUCCAUGAUGUAAUUUUAGGGAUGUUGUAGGUAUCUCUGUAAAACUGAUCAAAGUGGGAGUCAUCCUUUGUUCUGGCCUUCCUUCCUGGUGGUGGGUGGAAGUCCUGUUGCAAUAGCUUUUUAAAAAUAAAGAUCAGGCCUCCUGGCUGCUGUUUGCUCCUAUAUUCCUGGCUGGCGUCUUUGUUUGGUAAUCUAGGUGAGCCCAAGGAUUUUCCUAUAACAAGACCCCUGAACUUGCUCCUUAUAAUGCAAUCUGAACAAAACUGGUGAAGCAGUGACGACAAUAUAUUCUUGCAAGAGCUGGGAGCCAAAGCAGGCACAGUCCAGUUGGGGCAAAGAAUGAGCUUAUAUUCCCCAUGCACACGUUCCCUCCCUCUUAUCUCCAUUGGUUGGGUGCUACAAGGUUUUCCUUCCCCCAAUUAUCAAAUAACAGACAAGAGGCUGAGCGUGGAGACAAACUUCUGCUUCCUCCUCAGAGUUGCCUCCACUUCCGGCUUCACCAGCAGAGAUAAAAUUGGGGCUUGCAAAGGAUGGAGGGAGGGAAGGAGGCGGGAAGCGGGGCUGCGUCGUGCGGAGGCGAAGGAGGGGGCUGCUUCCUAAUCAAGCCUCCCAAUUAAGCGCCCUCACUCCCUGCCUCCCACGCGGGGGCUCCCAUUGCCGCCCCCGUUGCCCAGGAUUUUGGGUGAGUGCAAAGCCAAUGGCGGGGAAGGAGGGAAGGGGCUUUGCGAGGGGGUCCAGGAUGAGAAGCCCCGGGACGGGGAGGAGAGAAGGGAGGAAAGGGAGCUCUUUUCUUAAAGGGGCCUUGAAGGGGGGGGGGGGAGAAGCUUCCUCCUGCAGGGAUCUGGCGCAAAGGGAGUUGCACGGAUGGAGGGGGGAGAGGGGAGGGGGUGGGCAUUGCUGGUCAGGAUCGCCUUAAUAAUAGUAUUAAUUUUAAUUUUAAUAUUUAUACCCCAGCCUCGGUGUCCGGCUUCCUUCCUUCCUUAGGCACCAAGUGAAAGCAUUGCUCUUCUCCCAGGGGUUUGGCUCAUUAAACAAUCUAUGGACUUCACAACUGCAUUGGGGGGGGGGGGCUUGUCGUUUUUAUUUCCUACUCUGCUAUGCAUCUCUGUGUUUUUCUAUUGUAAGCUGCCCUGUGAUCUUUGGAUGAAGGGCAGUAUAGAAUUGGAAAGAAUAGCAGUAAAAAUAGGUUUUAAAGAAGUGCCCUCUUUAAGGAAUCACGUGGUGUAAACGUGUAUGUUGUCCUCUAGGUUCAAACACACACAGAACACCCACAGUAUGAGCAAGCAGUGCUCCAAAGUGCUUAUCUUGUGAACUUGCCAUAUAGGUUGUUUACUCCUGACCAAAACUCCUGUUUUCCAAAAGGACUGGAGGGGGGUCUCCUCACCGCUUUUAACCCCCCCACUCCCACCGCAUGGAAGGCGGAGGACGUGUUCAUUCACAAUCCCAGUGUUUACCAUGUGUGUAUCUGCAAUGAACCAGGCGCUGCAGCUCCUUCCCCUCUCACUGGGCUGCAGAGGAGGAAAGGGAUGGGUUUGAAGGCUCUUUCUGCCUCUCUCCCCUGAGGAACAAGAGCAAAGGGUGUUUGCAGGACAGGAGGACAGAGGAGGAGGCAGCGAGGGCAGAGGGAGCAGUGGGCGGAUCCACCGCCUCUCCCAGGGGGUCCUGAUGCAAGCAAGGGGCUUCCUUCUUCUCCAUGCAAGGGCCACCCAUGUAUUCAGAGCAGUCCUUUGCAGAUUAACUCUUAAGUUCUAUGGGGUCUACUCUCAGGCCACUAAUGUGCAUACCAUGCCAGCCUUAGGAAGGGAGGCGGGAUGAGGCAGGUGAAAGGAAUUGCCAAAAGUGUUUGAAAAUGGGUGGAGGCUUUUGGGAAGAGGGUGCCCAAUUGGGGCUUCUUCAGGGGCAGCGGAAUGUCUUGGGCAGGAGAAUCCCUGCAGGGGCUCUCAGACUCCCUUGGCUUCUUCUUCCCUCCCUCCCAGGAAGCUUCAACUUGCUCUGUCUUCUGCGCUCCUCAGGAAGCUGAACCUGCAAACCUAGCUGAGACUGAAUCUGCAACCCUGGCCAGGAUGGAAGGAGGAAGAUGGAUGGGUGACCUGGUCAGGCUGUCUCCCGCAUCCCUCCCCACAACCUCUGAGCAUUCCCUCCCAGGACCCUUGGAGAAAUCUGGUGAGUUCCAGGGGAGAGGAGAUGGGGACAGGGAUAGAUGGAUGGUGGAGGGAGAAAGCGGAAAAGAUGGAGAGGAGACAAAUGGAAGGAAGUUUCUGACAGGAAGAAGGAAGGGGUGAGGCCUUCUGCAAAGCAGCUCUUUGUUUCUUGAAUCCUUUUCCUAAAGUAGUGGGGGCAGAUUUUCUUCCUCCAGGCUUUGAAAUCUUAGGUGUUAUUUCCACGGCAGGAAUAAUGGAUGAUAAUGAUGUUGCACACCAAUCCUGAAAAAUGGGUGAAGGGGAAUGGAAAUGCUUCCCAUAAUUAUUUAUAAUUUAUUUAAAUUGUUUCUAUUACUCUUAUUUUUUAUAGACAGGGUCAGAAUGAUACAUUCCACCAGCAUCAAAACACAAUAAAUGCAUGCACCUCCCCAGUUUGGUGGGCUUAAGGGACAAAGGUACCGUUAUCAUGAUACACGAUUCCUGUGACUGGAGGCUGUACACAUAGGAUUGGGCAUAUAAAGUCCAAGAGCGUCUGGUAUUAUAAGCAAAUUGUGUAAACUUGCCAAUCUUACAGACUGGGGUUGUUUGUGAGAGUGAGUGAGUGGGCUAAUAAUUUAUAGCACCCCUGUGUAAUGGCUUGGUUCUCCCGCACACACGCAAGACAACUCCAGUAGUAAUUAUCUCAGAUUUAUUGCUCAAACUCAUAAAUCACUGUGGAGCUCAGUCUUUGGCCUGUUCAUCCCAGCUUGCAGUUGCCGAGUCCUCCGGCAAAGAAGCCCCCACCCCACUUUCGCUCCCCCCCCCCUUCUCGCAGAUUCUCUCGAGCCUACGAUUUUUUGGACAGGCUAUUUCCGGGGUCUCUUUGUCAGAGCUCAAACUGGAGCUAACAGUCUGUGCCCCGCCCCCGCCGGCACCCCCUCUUCCUUCUCUUUGUUCUUUGCUCCUGCUGCAGCUUGGCUGCUGCUUCCCUGUUUCACAUUCCAACCGAAUCACAUCUCUUGCAUUCUCAGGCUCUGUCAGCGGAGGCACGAGAGGCUUGAGAUUCACAGAGCUGACACCCUGUAAUUUUGUCUGUCCCUAAGCUUCCAUGGAGCUACUGUGGUACAACCUUGGUGCAAAUUUCAAAAUAAGUACACAAAGCCAACAAAGAGACUCAGAGGUUUAUAGUGGCACCAGCUUUCCUGGUCAAGAGUCCACUUUGUGAGACUGCAGCCCACAAAAGCUUAAGCCAUAAUACAUUUAUCAGCUUUUAAGGGCUGCAAAAGAUGAAUAAACAGAAGCAUAGUUCAUCUAUGGAAUCCAUCCUAAAGGAGACAGUGACAGCCAGCAAUAUGGAUAGCUUGAAAAAAAGGAUAAGACUGACGUCUCUGCUCUGCCUUUGUGGUUCUAGGCAAUAACGCUUCUUAAUACUAGUUUCUGGAAAGCACACGAUGGCAGAGAAGACUCUUGUGCUCCAAUCCUGCUUGCCGGUUUCCCACCGGCAUCUGGUUGGCCUCUGUGAGAAGAGGAUGCUGGACUAGGUGGGCCUUUGCCUGAUCCAGCAGGCUCUUCUUAGGUUCCAAUAUAUUGCAAUAUUUUUACAGUUACAUGUAGCACUUAAGUUUUACUUAUUUCACAUGGGAGACACUGUUACUUGAGCCUGAGAUCAUUUCUUCACUUCAGAAAGAAAAAAUAGAUGUGUCUAAUAUUUUUUUUUAUAAGAUAUUUAUUAAGGUUUCACAAAUUAUAUAAACAAACACAACAACACAAACAAGAAAAAACAAGUAUAAUUUCAAAUCCUUAUUUUCUUAAAACCUACUUCACCGACCUCCUCAUACCUCCCCUUUCUGCAUUCCAAUUUCAAAUAUUUAGUUCAGCAAAUCCUCACCCUUAAUUUUAUCUAAUUGUUAACCUUUCUUUUCUUUUAACUUAAUCUUUACAGCUGUAAUCCACUUACUUUCUAAAGCCGCAUCAUUUUAACACUCAUUAAUUUUGCAAUGUUUCUUAAGAUAGUUCUUAAAUUUCUUCCAAUCUUCUUCCGCCGUCUCUUUUCCCUGGUCUCGGAUUCUGCCAGUCAUUUUUGCCAGUCCCAUAUAGUCUAUCACCUUCAUCUGCCAUUCUUCCAAGGUGGGUAGAUCUUGUGUCUUCCAAUACUUUGCGAUGAGUAUUCUUGCUGCUGUUGUAGCAUACAUAAAGAAUGUUCUGUCUUUCUUUCACACCAAUUGGCCGACAAUGCCCAGGAGAAAGGCCUCUGGUUUCUUAAGGAAGGUAUAUUUAAAUACCUUUUCCAUUUCAUUAUAUAUCAUUUCCCAGAAAGCCUUAAUCUUUCGGCAUGUCCACCAAAGGUGAAAAAAAGUACCUUCAGUUUCUUUACAUUUCCAACAUUUAUUAUCAGACAAGUGGUAAAUUUUUGCAAGCUUGACUGGAGUCAUGUACCACCUAUAAAUCAUUUUCAUAAUAUUUUCCUUUAAGGCAUUACAUGCCGUAAAUUUCAUACCGGUGGUCCACAACUGUUCCCAGUCAGCAAACAUAAUGUUAUGACCAAUAUCUUGUGCCCACUUUAUCAUAGCUGAUUUCACUGUUUCAUCUUGUGUAUUCCAUUUCAACAGCAAGUUAUACAUUCUUGACAAGUUCUUAGUAUUGGGUUCUAACAGUUCUGUUUCUAAUUUUGAUUUUUCCACCUGGAAGCCAAUUUUCCUGUCCAAUAGAUGUGUCUAAUAAGCCAAUUCCACCAUAGAUCUGUAUUAUAAAAUGAUGCUGCUCUAUUAAGUUUGAAUGGAGUGAUCAUGUGUUGCUCUUGCCACUAUCUCAUCAGCUUUCGUAAAAUUUGGAACCUAGAGAGGAUAGUGGAGAAUGAAGGUGUUACAAUGAGAGAAGGUGCAGAUUGGGAUUGACAUGUGUUCAGUCCCCUUUUUGUCUUUCUUGAAAGUCUAACAGGAUUCUCUUUCCUCCCAGACUCCCAAACAGGUGAGGAAGAUGAAAGUCAGAAUUCUAUGGAGCCACAUGUGAAUUUGUGCGAAAGAACAAAGAAAUUGAGGAUACAACAACAAACUCAAAAAGGAGAGAAACUAUUUGAAUUUACGGAAUGUGGAAAGAAUGUGAAAAGUGGAAAACUUAGACUACAUCAACGAACUCAUACGGGGGAGAAACGAUUUGAAUGUUUUGAAUGUGGAAAGAGUUUCAGCAAAAGUGGAACACUUAUUGUACACCAACGAACUCACACAGGGGAGAAACCAUUUAAAUGUAUUGAAUGUGGAAAGAGCUUCAGUGAUAAUGGAGCACUUAGAAUACAUCAACGAACUCAUACAGGGGAGAAACCAUUUAAAUGUAUUGAAUGUGGAAAGAGCUACAGUGAAAGUGGAGCACUUAGAAUACAUCAACGAACUCAUACGGGGGAGAAACUAUUUGAAUGUUUUGAAUGUGGAAAGAGCUUCAAUGAAAGUCGAACACUUAGAAGACACCAACGAACUCACACGGGGGAGAAACCAUUUAAAUGUACUGUAUGUGAAAAGAGCUUCAGUCGUAGUGAAACACUUAGAAGACAUCAACGAACUCACACAGGGGAGAAACCAUUUGAAUGUAUGGAGUGCGGUAGGAGCUUCAGUCAAAGUGGUGCACUUAGAAUACACCAACGAACUCACACGGGGGAGAAACCAUUUAAAUGUACUGUAUGUAGAAAGAGCUUCAUUGAAAGUGGAACACUUAGAAUACACCAACGAACUCACACGGGAGAGAAACCAUUUAAAUGUAUUGAAUGUGGAAAAAGUUUCAGUCGUAGUGGAACACUUAGAAGACAUCAACGAACUCACACGGGAGAGAAACCAUUUGAAUGUUUUGAGUGUGGAAAGAGUUUCAGCAAAAGUGGAACUCUUAGAAUACACCAACGAACUCACACGGGGGAGAAACCAUUUAAAUGUAUUGAAUGUGGAAAGAGCUUCAGUGAUAGUGGAUCACUUAGAAUACAUCAACGAAUUCACACGGGAGAGAAACCAUUUGAAUGUUUUGAGUGUGGAAAGAGUUUCAGCAAAAGUGGAACUCUUAGAAUACACCAACGAACUCACACGGGGGAGAAACCAUUUAAAUGUAUUGAAUGUGGAAAGAGCUUCAGUCAUUAUGGAAACCUUAGAAUACAUCAACAAACUCACACAGGGGAGAAACCAUUUAAAUGUAUUGAAUGUGGAAAGAGCUUCAGUACAAGUAGGAAACUUAGAAUACACCAACGAACUCAUACAGGGGAGAAAAUAUUUAGAUGUAUUGAAUGUGGAAAGAGUUUCAGCAAAAGCGGAGCACUUCGAAUACACCAACGAACUCACACCGGGGAGAAACCAUUUAAAUGUAUGGAAUGUGGAAAGUGCUUCAGUGAAAGUGGGAAACUUAGAAGACACCAACAAACUCACCCAGGGGAAAAACCACAGAUACUUUAAUUAACUUUAAUAAACCGCAUAGCUGUUUUUUACCUUUCCUUCUAUGCUUCCUUGCAAUCCUGACAAAAUCAAACCACGCCAAUGCUUUCAGCCCCAGAAGAGGAGCUCCCCUUUGUGUCAGGGGAGGGGUCCAAGGGAGCAUCUGGAGCCCUGCCAUCCCUUCUGUCCCUGACCCCUUCCCCUCCUCUCUAUGCCAUCCCAGGGCCACUCUUGACUCCACAGCAGGAGACUGGAUCUGUCUGUGAUGGUGAGAUGUCCUGGCCGGUUGAAGGACCACUUCCUGUUUUCUGCAGCUCCUUCCUUCUUUCUCAUGCAAGGUGGAGUCAUGAAGCAGGUGAAGGCUGAGCACACCUAAGGGUGGCACAGCGGGUGGGUGGGAUUCUCCUUAACCUUUCCCCGUCUGCUCCUUUUCUGGAUCCAAAUCCCCACACAAAAAGAGGCAGUGUGAGGGCGCAAUCAGUGUUAUGGAGCUGCACUGAAAAUCAUUGCUUUGUGACCGUAAGAGGCCCUUCUCAAAAAAACAAGCAUCAAGAGAAUUUAAGCUACAGAAUUUAAAACAAACAGAUAAUUACAAAAAAAGAAAGCAAUCUGGUGCCACAAUGCGUAGGAGUUACUUUAACACACUCUACCUGGGGCUGCCUUUGAAAAGAGCUCAGAGACUUCAAUGGCUCAAAUUGCUGCAGACACAUUACUGACCAGGGCUGGCUAUAGGCAGCAUAGGACUCCCAUAUUAGAACAGCUCCGUCUGCCUAAUUGUCUGUUUCUGGACACAAUGUUUCCACAAGAAGAGGAUUUGGAGAUUUGGAGUGCCGCAUUUUCAAAAAAGAUGGACACACAACUAUUUCUUUGUGGAGCUGGAAGGCAUGCCCACGUGCCUCAUUUGUGGUGAGGCCCUCUCUGUCCUGAAGAAGGCCAACCUGCAGAGGCACUACAGGACAAAGCACAUUCAGUACGAGGAGUUCCAAGAGCAGCUGCGCCAGGAGGAGGUCAAGGCGCUGAACAGACCUGUUGGGUAACCUGUGGCCCCUCCAGAUGAUGUCAAAUUGCAACUCACGUCUUCUUUGGCCGCUGGCCACGCUGGCUGGGGCUCAUGGUAGCUGGAGUCCAAGGAUUGAGGUCACAAAUGCCGGGAACAAUUCAAAUUCCUCAGUCGUGAAGCUGAUUGGGUGACUUAAAGCUGGUCACCAUCUUUAUGCAAAACCUCCCUUGCAUGGUUUCUGUGUGCGUGAAAGCAAUAUAUCUUGUGGUGUGCUUGAUGAGGGGAGUGUGGAACAGAAAUGUAUUUCAUAGUUAAAAAGACAGGAAAUAGUUCUGAAUCUGACUGAAAAUAAAGGAUUCUUUGUCUCCAAAUUGCAUAUAGCAAGCACCUGUGUUGUUGAACUCUAGCUGAAGUCUCAGCAUCUGGUUGAGCACUCUGCGCUCUCUCUCUGGAAACCUCCAGCUCUCAGGUGACAGGAACCAGCCAAUGCCUCCCAGUUCAGAAACAGUCUGCCAAGAGCUGAGACUGGAAGUGGACAACCAGGGAAGCAUUUUCGUUUCCAUGCUUAUGAAUGUUGAUUUGAAUCAAUUCGUCAGAUGUGUUCCAAAUAGUAGGGAAAAUUUAUGGUUGACACCACCUUGGGACAGUUUUGACAGGAAUUCGGGGAACUGGGGAUAUUUUUAUCUCCAUCAGGGUUGAUGGAUCAGCAAAUAGCUAGAAAGGAUUAAGGGGCGGUGGCGGGAAUCAGGCCUUGUUUCUCAUGUGACAGAUAACCGAUUCCACAGUUCUUAAAUGUGACCAUUUGCUGCCUCCUAAAAUGAUGCUUAAGCCUCCCUCCCAAAAAAACCCCAACUCAAACAUGGCAGCUGGUCUUGUCAAACGGGCCAAUAUAAGGUUCAUUUGGCAAGUUUGUUGUUGUUUAGUUAUUUAGUUGUGUUUGACUGUUCGUGACCCCAUGGACCAGAGCAUGCCAGGGACUCCUGUCUUCCACUGCCUCCCGCAGUUUGGUCAAAUUCAUGCUGGUAGCUUUGAGAACACUAUCUAACCAUCUCGUCCUCUGUCAUCCCCUUCUCCUUGUGCCCUCCUUCUUUCCCAACAUCAGGGUCUUUUCCAGGGAGUCUUCUCUUCUCAUCAGGUGGCCAAAGUAUUGGAGCCUCAGCUUCAGGAUCUGUCCUUCCAGUGAGCACUCAGGGCUGAUUUCCCUAAGAAUGAAUAGGGUCUUUUCCAGGGAGUCUUCUCUUCUCAUGAGGUGGCCAAAGUAUUGGAUCCUCCGCUUCACGAUCUGUCCUUCCAGUGAGCACUCAGGGCUGAUUUCCUUCAAAAUGGAUAGGUUUGAUCUUUUUGCAGUCCAUGGGACUCUAAAGAGUCUCCUCCAGCACCAUAAUUCAAAAGUAUCAAUUCUUCGGCGAUCAGCCUUCUUUAUGGUCCAGCUCUCACUUAUAAUAAUAAUAAUAAUAAUAAUUUAUUAUUUAUACCCCGCCCAUCUGGCUGGGUUUCCCCAGCCACUCUGGGCGGCUUCCAAAAGAAUAUUAAAAUACAAUGAUACAUCAAACAUUAAAAGCUUCCCUAAACAGGGCUGCCUUCAGAUGUCUUCUAAAAGUCUGGUAGUUGUUGUUCUCUUUGACAUCUGGUUACAGACAUCACUACUGGGAAAACCAUAGCUUUAACUAUACGGACCUUUGUUGGCAAGGUGAUGUCUUUGCUUUUUAGGAUGCUGUCUAGGUUUGUCCUUGCUUUUCUCCCAAGAAACAGGAGUCUUUUAAUUUUGUGACUGCUGUCACCAUCUGCAGUGAUCAUGGAGCCCCAGAAAGUAAAAUCUCUCACUGCCUCCAUUUCUUCCUCUUCUAUUUGCCAGGAGGUGAUGGGACCAGUGGCCAUGAUCUUCGUUUUUUUGAUGUUGAGCUUUAGACCAUAUUUUGCGCUCUCCUCUUUAACCCUCAUUGAAAGGUUAUUUAAUUGCUCCUCACUUUCUGCCAUCAAGGUUGUGUCAUCCUCAUAUCUGAGGUUGUUGAUAUUUCUUCCGGCAAUCUUAAUUCCAGUUUGGGAUUCAUCCACUCCAGCCUUUCUCAUGUUGAAUUCCGCAUAUAAGUUAAAUAAGCAGGGAGACAGUAUACAGCCUUGCCGCAUUCCUUUCCCAAUUUUGAACCAAUCAGUUGUUCCAUUUCCAGUCCUAACUGUAGCUUCUUGUCCCACAUAGAUAUUUCUCAUGUUAUGGAAAUUUGGGGGGGGUGAGGAUAUUUCACCCCUCCCAUUGCAAGAAUCUGCUGAUGUUCCAGAGAGGAGGGGGGGCAGAUUGUGCUCGCUACUUAUUCCGCUCCAGCCUCACUUCAAAGGGGGAGACUGAGUGUUAUCUCUGUGUAGAUAAGGUCACUGCAAAAAGCAGCUGUAACACUCAGUGCAGUCCAGCGUCUCCAUAAAGCCUUGUAUAUAGUUUGUAUAGUACAAUAGCUGUAGAGAAUAAAGGAAAUUAUUCUUCAGCACUGUCAUCCGAGUGAUUUAUGCUCUGCUGUGCACUGUUGUACUCUGCUGACUUCUGGAAGUGUGUUUGGUGCUCACAGCUCUGAGUUGUGUUGUCCACAGCACUUAGACCUGUUCCUGCAGAAGGAGGUCUCUGAAAGUGGUAUCCCAGCUCGCCUGGCCCAGUUGGGGCUGAAGUGGUUGAGCCCAGUCGGUGGCACUGGCUCAAAGGCGAAGCUGACAGGGGGCACAUCUUUAAAGUUGUUAAAUGUUACAAAUAUUAUGCCUGAAUGUAUCCUUUCAACUUAACAGCUCAGGGAAGUUACCUAGCUUUAAAAACAAUAUAAAAUCAACUCCUUUGCCAGUUUCCUCCAUUCCAAACCUAUUUUUCCCCUUGAAAAAGGACUCCAGGAAGUGUCUAGGGGUGAUAAUUGCUGAGCUGGGCCAAGGAAAGCUUAUCCCAUCACCAAACUUGCCAAGGGGCCAGACAUCAAAGGAAGUUCUAUUGUACUUUGGGUGAUGGGACGUCAGAGGUGUUUGUCUAUGCUAACCUUAUACCUGAGUCUUGCCUGACAUGUCUGCUUAUGCUAAUCUUGUACCAAGGACUUGUCUGGACAUGUUUGCUAAGGUUAAACUAGUGUAACCCGUCUACCCCACCCCUUUUGUGACAUGUCAGUGAUGUAACAAUGAUAUAGCAAUGAUGCUCUACAAACUGUAUUCUGGGAUAUGGUGGGAAAGUUUUAAAAGUCUUUUUCACCCCUUCCUCUGUCAGAAUCUAGGUUACAACCGAGCUGAUAAAGCUCAUCUUCCAGAAUCGCCCUCCCAACGAAUAAUUAACGACCUGAGCCUUUGAUGAGGCCUCAGGCACAUUCCAUUCAGCAGAGAAUCAAAGCAGCAGAAGUGAUGAGAUUUAUGGCUACAUGCUAUGCUUUAUUACUAAGCUACAUCCUCUCCUUGUGAGAGCAGAGAGCCUUUCAAAUAGCGUUCUAUGCAUUUCAGAGCUUUUCAGUCCUUAACAGUAGGAUUGUUGACUUGUCUGCUUAGCAAGUUACAGCUAACUGCAAUGUCAGGUCUUGAACAUCUGGCAAUGAAGUUUAGUUUGCCUAACACACUUCUGUACAGUGUCGUGUCAGAAAAUGCUUCUUCAGUAUCAUCUACCUGAUAACCUGUUGUCAUUGGUGUGUCUACAGGGUUAGCAUCCAUCAGGUUUAGUUUGGUUAACACAUCAGCAAUUUUCUGUGACUGGUGUACUAAAAUAUUACCACCUUGGUCUUUCUCUAUUUCCAGAGAUAGGUAGUUGGUUAUCUCACCAAGAUCUUUCAUGUCAAAGUGCUCCUUCAGUUGAGCUAGGGCGCUCUUGGACAUUUUGACAUCCUUCCAAAAGAAAAGAAUAUCAUCAACAUAAAACAAGCAAUACAGUGUAUCUUUGACAAAUACACAUGGAUCGGCUUUACUUUGCUGAAAACCUAGGGAAAACAACACUUCAGUGAGUUUAGAGUGCCACCAUCGUGCACUUUACUUGAGACCACAUAGGGACUUCUUCAGAGAACAAACAAAUCCCUGUUUUACCUCUACGCCAUCAGGUGGAAGCAUAUAAAGUGAUUCACCUAAGGUUACGUACAAAAAUGUUGUAUUCACAUCGUGAUGAGAAACGUGUCGAUUCUCUUCUGCAGCAAGCUUGAGCAUAAGCCUAAUGCUCUCAUAUCUCACGGUGGGUGAGUAGGUCUCGUGAUAGUCUUCUCCUGGUACCUGUGAAAAACCUCUGGCUACCAAUCUGGCUUUGUGUCUAUCUUGCCAUUUUGAUCUGUCUUUGCUUUGAAGACCCAUUUACUGUCAAGCAGUUUCAUCCCUGGAACUGUCGGAACUAGCUCCCAUGUUUUGUUCCUCUCCAAGGAAUCAAGCUCAGCCUUCAUGGCAGUUAACCAUGGUUCAGCAUCCUUCGAGUCCAAAGCUCUUGGAAGCUUGAAGGUUCAAAUACCUUCCUAGAGCUAUUAACAGCAGUUACAGCUUUUGCUGCCUUAGCAAAUUCAUCAGCAAAUAUCUUUGGAGGUCUACCUUUUGUGGCUCUUUCAGACCUGUGAAUUAGACGUAAGUCUUCAACGCUCUCCUUUCUUAGGAGAAAAGUGGCCUAUAGUAAACAGUGGUUCCUCCAAUUCUCGAUCAGAGCCUUCAGAGGGUCGCAGAGAGGCCUUAGCGCUCUUGAAAUCCUCUGAACCCAUCUGAGUCAGAUUCAGAUUCAGAAUCAGAAACUUAAUCAGUGGGUGUGGGGUUUUGCUGCUGUUCAUCCUCAGUCUCUUCACUGUCAUCAGGAUAACAUUGCAAAAUUCCCACAUUCUCCCCCCCCCCCAACUUGGCAUUGUACUCAACACUUCUAGUGAGCCUAACUGUGUUGGUGUCAGUCUUCAUUACUCUAUAAGAACCUUUCUGAUAUUCUAGAAUGAUACCAUGCAAACUACGUUUGCCUAACUUGGAGCAUUGUGGUGUGUGAACCCACAUGUCAGAACCAAAAAUUCUCCUGUGCUUGAUGUAUGGUUUCUUGCACAAACACAGACUGGCCAUGUCUGUGCCUUUAAAGCAAGCUGCAUCUUUUUACCAGCUGCAUUCCAAAAACACACUACUUGAGGCCUUUGCUUUCUCCUGCCGCUGCCAUUAAGUGCUUUGGCUAGAAGUUCAAAGUCCACCCUUAUUGCCAAUAAUUAGGGACUGGCAGGCUUCUCGGGCAAUGAGCACAUACCUCUCAUCAGUCUUCUUGACACGCAGAGAAGUUAAGCUGCAUUCCGUUCUUCUGGGCCCAGGACCAAAAAUGUCGGAAUCUCUGUUGCGCCAAGCUGAUAAAGCUCAUCUUCCGGAAUCGCCCUCCCAACGAAAAAUUAACGACCUGAGCCUUUGAUGAGGCCUCCGGCACAUUCCAUUCAGCAGAGAAUCAAAGCAGCAGAAGUGAUGAGAUUUAUGGCUACAUGCUAUGCUUUAUUACUAAGCUACACAGAGAGCAAAGAAAAAUGCAUCCUCUCCCUGUGAGAGCAAAGAGCAACCGAACAAAGGAAACAGAAAACCAGUACGUCACAUCCAUCUCUAGUCUCCCGGGAGACUUCCAAUAGCCUGGACUGCCUCUGGAAUGUAAACAGAGCCUUGUGACUCUAAGCAGCUGCUCAUUGGCAAACAGAAACUGACAUCCUCAGGGUUCAAAAUUCCUCUUUGAACCUGUUGCACAAUAAAUUUUGGUCUACAGCUAUUUGCUCCAGUUGAUGGCUGGACUCCUUCCUUUAUUCCGCAAGGGACCUGCGGGCUCCGCCCGACGGGCUGGGUGACUGAGCAGCCUCACACCUAGAUUUUUCUGUAACACACAGGAGACAGAUGAGGUGAUCAAGCACUCCCAUUUCUUUAAGAACUUGCCAUAGUUUGCUGUGGUCGACACAGUCAAAUGCUUUUGCGUAGACAAUGAAGCAGAAGUAGAUAUUUUUCAGGAACUCUCUAGCUUUCUCCAUAAUCCAGCACAUGUUUGCAAUUUGGUCUCUGGUUCCUCUGCCCCUUCGAAAUCCAGCUUGCACUUCUGGGAGUUCCCUUUUUUUUUUUUAAGAAUAAUUUUUAUUAACCGACCAAUCACAUCAAAUCAAACCAAAUUACAUAAAUUCCAAAUUACACAGCCGAAUUUUAAAUUUUUGUUGGGGGUACCCAUAUUUCAAGUUCCGAAGGGGAUCCAAUCAACUUCUUACUUCUUGCUGCUGUUUUAAUGUCCACAAAUCUGACCAUAUGAUGAUCACAGUACUAUCCAGUCCUUUCUUAUUGUUUUUCCACAUCUCUUGUUGUUAUUUUCCUAUAUUUUUCCUUUCUCUUUGUGACCUCUGAUAGUCUCCACAAGCUGGUUAAAACAGUUUGUAAUCCUGUGUGAAUAUUUUUUUUAUCCAGUAGCCAUAUCCAGACGUUUUCCAUAUAACAUCAUUUCCAUAAAUCAAAACAGUCUUAGCGUCAUUAAUCUUCACAAAUCUGUCGCCUUUCUCAAACCUCGUGAGGAGAUUCAAUAGGAAUGCAGUCUGAAAACAAAUCCGUUCCUCCUCCCGGCUGUAAAUCCUUUGGCAAGAUGGCGAUUCUGAAUUAAUUGCUGCGCCAUUCCAAAAGCUCUUCUUCCUUCUCGAUCUCCAUAAAGCAUACUUUUGGUUAAAGUUUAUUUCCACACAGACCUUAAUCAUCCUGCUUGGGUCAGUUAAACUGACGGUUCUAAUGAGGAGGGGUUCUUGGUAAUCACAUAGAAGAAAAGUAAAAAAGGUUCCCCCCCCCCAUUCAGUCCUGUUGCCAACAUACCCAGCCUUUGAUGUAUCUUCAUCGCAAAAUAUUCCUGUUGCUCCAACCCGUCGUCUUCUUUCGCAAUUAGCAGUCUUCACUCCCCUUCUUCACUUGAAAUAUGUGCAUUUGCUUCUUUUGUAAUUAAUUAUUCCAAAUUGCUGCAGCUAGUGCGCGAUCAGAGACAGCAUCCAGGAGAGCCGAAGUCCACACAGGGGCAUUCUGCCUACUGCCCUCACCCCCUUCUUUCGAAUUUGGGGGUGAUUUAUGGGCACAGCAGGCAAGGGCAGUGUUCCCCAUUCCCUUGGGGCAACAAGGGAGGCUGCCUACUCCCAUAACAGCCUCUUAAUUACCCCGUGUGGUCCAGAGAGAUGGUAUUGUCGGCCAUCUUCCAAUGCGCCCCUAGUUGGCCCCCUCACUUCUGGGAGUUCUCAGUCCACAUACUGCUUAAGCCUGCAUUGUAGAAUUUUAAGCAUAACCUUGCUAGCAUGUGAAAUGAGCGCAAUUGUGCGGUAGUUGGAACAUUCUUUGUCAAUGCCCUUCUUUGGGAUUGGGGUGUAGACUGACCUUCUCCAAUCCUCUGGCCACUGCUGAGUUUUCCAAAGAUGCUGGCAUAUUGAGUGUAGCACCUUAACAGCAUCAUCUUUUAAAAUUUUGGUUCUCAAGGAAGAGGCAGCCCAGGAAUACAAGGCAGGAAUUCACCUUGAAUCUUGCUAACAAAAUCCUUUCAUAGCUUUUUGUGAGGGUGUGGCUGCUAACCUUAAAGCCAGGAUGAGCACUCAGAAUUGGGCAUCAUUUCCUCUGUUAUUAAAAAUAAAAUACUUGUUCUGCUUCUAAAGAAACCCUUUAGAUUCCAUUCUUAUUCUUUUUUCAUAUAAAAAAUUCAAACAGCUGUGCAAAGGUGCUCCUGUGCAAUGCAAUGUCAGAAUAACAAAAUAAUGAAACAUCUCACAAGAUCCUUGUUUUUUUAAAUAUAGAGCUAAAAAACCUUAAAACUCCUACAACACUUACCAAAUACAAAUCUAAUAGCAAGGCCCCCAGGAACUAGGAGGCAACCUGAUGUUCAAGGCUUCACCCCACCCCCAAACUCUGAGCUUUUCGUUUCUCUUUAGACACUCAUCUGUGGUCGCCUGGAGCAUUUGAGGGAAAAGAGAGAUAACAUUGUGGCAUACGAAGCAAACAUAGAAAAAGAAAGUGACAAUCUGUUUGUAAGCGUCAUUGUUACUUGGAAGGGAACAAGUGUUAUAAGUUUAAUGUGGAGUUUGGAGUUUACAGGGUUAAAACUCCUUGGUGUCCUGUAUCUGGGGAGGGGCCUGACGCAGGGCCAUACGUCAGACGCUUUGUCCAUCUUUGUCUGUGAGAGUUGGUUUCACUUUAGACUGAGAGAUGCUGCACAGAAGCUGCGUGUGCUUUUUAGCACCGGAGAAAUGCUGGAGGUUUCUGAUGGAUUUACGGCUUGUAAAUAAACGUUUUUAGAAAUAGCAAUGAACUGUCUCUGGACUGAUUUAUCCCUCUAUCUCACAUGGACGGCAGGACCACUGCGACUCUGUAUUUUCUGCCCAGGUCAGCCCCAGCAAAGGAACGCAGCGGAAGCGCUGACUGGACGGCAGGAUUUAAUCAGCAAAGGUUAUGGCUCUUCCGUGUUUCCUGCCAAGUGUGAGGAGGGGGCUGCCAGCUUUAAGCUGCUUUGAGCUCCUGCCAGAAAGGCAGUGGGAGACGCUGGUGGAGAGCAAAGCCAAGAGAAGGCUGCUGCUUCAAAGGACCGGCUAGCUGGCAAUGCGUGAGUACGCUUAAGCCCCAGGGGGAGGAAGAUGGCUGCUGCUCAACAACAGCAGGCCCAUGAGAGCUACAAUAUCCCCUUUGAAAGGCUCAAGGGGCAAAUUGGGAAAACUGGAGUAAGCGCAUGUACUACUGGCUGGAAGGGAAGCAGCUAUGGGAAUGUACGCAGGCCUAUCCAGUUCUUGCCCAGCCCGGUGCUGCAGCGGCUGAGACGGCCACAGGUGCAGCAGAAGCUUGUGAAGCAGACAUGGCUGCUGCUCUGGAAAGAGAGCAAAGGGUGCUAGCCAUUUUAAGGGCCAGCGUUGAUGCUUGGGUGUUGCCAAACCUUCAAGGGAAGAAGCCCUGGGUCGCGUGGCAGGCACUGAAGACGGCAUGUCAGGCCACAGUGGGAGCCAGACCAGAGGGGGCUGGAGGAUGCCCAGAGAGAGCAGUGAGCCCAGUGGGGGCUGGGACUGUUCCGGGAAGCUGUUUCUAUGCUUCGACACUUCUGUGUGAUGGACUGUGUGAUGGGGAGAGGCUGAGAGUGGGAAGAAGAGGAAAGCAGUGGCAAGCUGUUCCUCAGGAAGCUAUGCACCCAGGAGUGGGGGUGCAGGCCGUUCCAAGAGCUCUGGGAAAGCCAAAGUCUCCAAAAGUUGUUUGUGCUCUGAGUCAAAGUCCAACAGCGAAGGGCAUUGUUCUGCAGAGGCCCUGGAAUGCAAGGUCACCGGCCACCUGCAAGGAAAGCAGAUAAGAUGGCGAAGCGUGAGAACACCAGCAGAGGCCUUGCAACCAUGGCAACCAGGAAGGACACUGGCAGAGACCCCGUGGGGGUGCAAGCGUCGCCAUGGCAACCUUGGAAGACAGCCAAAGAGCCAUGUUGUCCCUUGUAAUCGAUACAGGAGUGACUCACAGCCUUGUGCCAUCUAGUGGGCUCCUGAGAAAUUGCAAGAAAGUUAAAACUGGUCGUUUUGUGUCGAUGGCUGAUGGCUCUCAGAGACAGUUAACUGAGACUGGUUUUUUAUACUGUCCUUUUAUAGAUCAUGAGGUGCAAGCUUUUGUGGUGCCCGAGCUUGCCCACUCUCUUUUAAGUGUAUCAGCUCUGAUGGCUGACAGUUUUGAUGUGGUGUUUACUAACAAUAUGUGCUAUUUUUACAGGGAUGGGAAGAAGCUCCAUAGCAUUAUGGGGAAGGACAGGCUUUUUCUGGUGCAGAUGCCUGUUGCUAAUGUUGCUGUUGCAGAAUCCCCUGAAGAAGCACAAGUGCAGUGUGCAAAUGUACCACCACAUCAUGAUUGUUUACACCUGUGCCACAGACGCUUUGGGCAUGCAGGGUGGUCUUAUGUUAAGACAGCCACUGAGAACACAAUUGGGUGUGGGUUCAAAGCAUAUGAUAAAUACUUAGAUUGUCAAGCUUGUAAGCAAUCGAAGAUUACGACAUGCACAUAUCCCAGGUCAGAAAGGAGGACCAGCAAACCCUUUGAGCUGGUUCAUGCAGAUUUAUGUGGUCCAAUGCAGGUCGCUUCAUUAAGUGGAUCGAAGCAUGUUUUGGUUCUGAUUGAUGAUUUUUCGAGACACACCUGGCUGUUUACAAUUAAACACAAGGGGAAGGCGGCUGCACUGAUCAGGGAUUGGAUCACAGCGGUAGAGCUGCAUUUCUCCGCCAGGGUGGUUUCCUUUCAAUCUGAUCGGGGGGCGGAGUUCACAGGUUCUGUGCUGCAAUCUUUCUUCAGGCAGAAAGGUAUCAGUCAUAGAUUGACUGCCCCCUACAGUCCGCAACAAAACGGGAUUGUGGAGAGAAAACACCGCAAGCUUCAGGAAGCAGCGGAUGCUAUGCUUGCAGACUCGGGUUUGCCACAGCGCUUUUGGGCCGAGAGUUAUAAGACUGCAUAUUUUUUACAGAACAGGGUGUUCAAUUCAAGUGUGGGAAACAACGCCCUAUUUUCUGCUGCAUGGUAAGAAGCCCAAAGUGGAUUUCUUGCGUGUGUUUGGCUGUGAGGCUUGGGUCCUCAUCCCAAAGGCCACUCACAGAAAGGGUGAACCAAGGUCCAGAAAAAUGAUCUUUGUAGGCUAUGAGCCGGGCUCAAAGGUGCGGCGUUUCACAUACCCUACUGGCAACCAGUCUAAGCUGCUUAUUAGCGGCAGUGCUGAGUUUUGCAAGCAGAGUGGGUGGAAACGUCUUCACGGGAACCCGGAUGUUCUGUUUGACUCAGAUGAGGAAGAGGAGGAGGAUGAAACUGAACCUGUUGCUGAGGUGCACAGUCCACAGCCACAGAGUCCAGAGCCGGGGUCUCCAAGGGAGAGGCUCCGAACCUCUCCAAAGGGAAGUCCCAAGACCCCUCCACAGGUCUCUGUCAAGUCUGAGCCAAGGAGUGAGCCAUCCUCGCCUGCAGACCCAGCUGUGAGGCCUAAAAGGCGCAGCAGGUCAGAGGGGGGAGGUUUCUGACACAGGGGAUGGUAUGGCUGGCCCAAGUGAAUCAGGCACUGUUCCAGAGUUCACGUUGAGAAGGUCAGCUAGGUCAACCAAGGGAAAGCCACCGGAAAGGUACGAAGCCACUAGCAUGUGGGUUGGUGUGGCUAGAUGUGAACCUGAAUCCUUUGAGGAUGUUCAGAAGUUGCCUCAGGAAGAAGCUAGCAAAUGGCAUGAGGCGAUGCAGAAGGAAAUGAAUUCAAUGGAGUCUCUUAGUGUGUUCUCACACAAUUGCCGGCUGGCAAGCAAGCUGUGAGUUGCAGAUGGGUUUAUCGCCUUAAACCCACAGAAGCUGGAGAACCACAGUAUAAAGCUAGAUUACUGGCCCGAGGAUUCACUCAGAGGAAAGGAGUCCACUUCACGGAGGUCUAUUCGCCGACCUCGAGGGCCGAGACUCUGAGGAUGCUUUUAGCUUUUGCUGCACAGAGAGGUUGGAAGGCGAGCCAUUUUGGUAUGGAUGUUGCCUACCUGGACUCAGACCUCCAGGAGGAGUUGUACAUGCUUCCUCUUCCGGGUUUUGAGGUCAGUGGGCCAGGCAUCGUGUGGCGGUUGCACAAAUCCAUCUAUGGAUUACGUCAAUCUGCCAGAAACUGGAACAUGUGUCUGAAUGAAGCCUUAGAAGAGCUAGGUUUCAGGAGAAGUGUUGCUGACAGCUGUCUCUACCUUAAAGGAUCAGGUGAGACACAGCAAGCUGCUCAGAUUUUUGUUGAUGAUAUUUUAUACAUAGCACAGACAGGUAAACAAGUGCAGAAGUUUGCUAGAGAGCUUGGAAAGCGGUUCAAGCUCAAGCAGCUUGGAGACGUCAAGUCGUAUCUUGGCGUAGGGAUCACUAGAACGAAAGAUGGAAGCUUUUUGCUCAGCCAGAAAGGUAAGAUUGAGCAGUUGCUUGAGAAGUUCAGAAUGUCUGAGUGUGCAGGUGUCAAAACGCCCAUGGAGGCUGGUUAUGUGAAAGAAUGUCAGCAAGCAGAACGCGCUGUGUUCGAAAAUGCUGAACUCUUUCAAUCAGCUCUGGGUAGUCUACUGUAUCUGUCACAGUGGAGCAGACCAGAUAUAGCGUUCGCUAUCAAUCUGCUCAGUAGAGAGGCUUCGAGUCCAAGUGUACAGGCCUGGAAUGGUAUUAAAUGGGUGCUGCGUUACCUGCAAGAUACCAAAGACUUUUGCCUCAAGAUGUCAGCUGAGGGUGGUGUCAAGCUUACCGCCUAGGUGGAUUCAGAUUGGGCUAACCUUGAGGACCGCAAAUCAGUGUCAGGCCUAGUGGUGAAGUUUGGGAACUCAGUAGUUGGGUGGAGGUCCCGUAAGCAAAGUCUCAGUGCUUUCAUCUACUGAAGCUGAGUUCAGUGCGCUAUCUGAGGUUUGCAGAGAACUGGAGUUCUAUGCGUGUUAGGUCCAGGAACUCUGUGGAGAGCAUUGUCUACCCAUCGUGGUGCAUGAAGACAACCAGCCAUGCCUCAAAUUGACCGAGACGGGGCAAUUCAAGGCCAGGACCAAACAUCUGGACAUACGUUUUCAGAAUGUGUGUCAGAGCGUUCGUGAGGGGCUAGUUGCUCUGAAAUACUGUCCCUCAACCAAGAACCUCGCUGAUGGUUUCAUGAAACCGUUAACCUUCCAGAAGCAUGAGGAGUUUUGUGAAGGUCUGUGUUUGGGGUGAACAUUGUUGCUUGUUUCCCCCAGAUGCAGAACAAGAGGGGGUGUGGAGUUUGGAGUUUACAGGGUUAAAACUCCUUGGUGUCCUGUAUCUGGGGAGGGGCCUGACGCAGGGCCAUACAUCAGACGCUUUGUCCAUCUUUGUCUGUGAGAGGAAUUUGCCUCGUGGAAAUUCGGGUCUGGCCGCCACGGCGAAGGCGGAGACCCACUAAAAAUCACAGGCGGGUGAAGCCUGUGAACGUGGGAUUCGGCGGGCACCUUUUGCGCCUCCCCUACUCGCGGGGAAACCCGGUUUUGGGGAUCCGGAGCAAUGUGGGGUGAGCGGCGCGGUGCUUCGGAUCGACUGCUUCUUCCACGGAGCGAAGCCGCAUAGCUGUUGCCGGAGAGUGCUGACUUUUUCCUGUGGACAAUUUGAUCUUAAAGCAACUACCCGUGAGUAGAGUGAAGAAUUGGAUUUUUAAAACAUCUUAAUUUGGCACUGAAACGGGGAGGUUCAAAACAGGAAGUCCACCUCCCCUUUUUGUAAAUAAGACUGAGGCAAAGAGGCUGCAAGCUAAAGUCUUGGAAAGCCUAUUGUAAAGGACUAAAUUCUUAUCAGUAAAAAAUAUUAACCCCCCCUUGGAAGCAGGAGAAGAGGGGGGAGGCUUUGGAUUGUAUAUCCCUGCAGGAGUGAGUGAGGAAGUUAAAAUACCACCGUUCCGAACCUGGAAACGGGCUGCCAGUAAAACCGACAUGUCUUGGAAGGUUCAUUGACAGCGAAUAGAACGUUCGGUGACAGCUAGCAUAAGAGAGAUACAUUGUUUCCAUUGUCUUCGUCUGCACUUAAAAAGGAGUAAAAGUAACGGAAAAUUGAAACAAUCUUACUGAACUUUAUUUUUAAAAAAGGAGGAAAGUAACUGAAAAUUGAAACUAACUUUGGAUUAUUGAAACUGUUUAAAAGAGGACAUACUGACCGAUACAAAUACAACUCGCUUUCCCCUAGUGGAAGCUUUUGAAAUUGGUUACUUGAUAGGAGCUGGGCUAGGGGAAUUUCCAGCUGCAAGAUAAGAAAGUGUGAGACUUUGGAAUUGACCUUGAAUCUUUUAAGUGUUAUGGCAAACAGAAAGGAAAAAACAGACGAGAUGUCGACAGAGGAGGCUUAGUGGCUGCAUUAUUGAAAAUAAACGAUUCGCUGGAACAACUCCACAAGAAAACAGAUGCGAGAAAUGUGAAAUUGGAUGUUGCAAAUAUUGAAAUUGAUUCAAUUGUAGAAAGUUUAAAUAACUUGGGACAAAAGGUGAAUACUAAUUCAGAAACCACUCAGAAACAGACACAGGAAUCUACUUCGAUAUGGCAAACUGCAGAUGAAGUUAGAGGGAAAACCCUUGCUGCUGAAUCUAAAAUAAUACAACUGGAGAGGAGAGUCCCAUCCAUACAAAGACAACCUGACGAACAUAAGUUGACAUUCGUUAUGAUUGAACUUGAAGAACGGAUGAAUUUGAGGACCAGAGCCCUAUCUGAAUUGGAAAAGGAAAGCUUGACAGAGUUUCAGGAGGCGAUACUAACAUUGGUUGAGAAAGAGAGGUAUUUGGGGGUUAGUAUGACUGCCAAAAAUGUGAAUUUGCUUAAGGAUAACUGUGAAGGAUGUUGGAUUGAGGAGAAGGGGGAUUUGGAAAUAUGGACAAAUCAGAAGUUGUCACUGUUGGGCCGAGUUACUGUGGUGGGGAUGAGGGCUGCUGUGUUGUUGGGGAUGUUGCUUUUGUUUCAAACACUGCAAGCCUUGGAUGGGAUGGAGGGUUUCAGGAGGUGGCAGAGGGAUGCUCCUAGAGUUGUUUGGCAGGGCAGGAAGCCUCGAGUAAAACUUAAGAUAUUGAUGGAUGCCAAAGAAGGAGGAGGAGGACCUGCCCUGCCAGACCUUUAAAUUUUGCUGUGAACUAUCUGCUUUUUGCUGGUUGAGAGAAUGGUUCCUUUUUGAAAACAUUGAAGCGUUGGACAAUGGCAGAUGAAAUUGAUGGACUAUAUGGAAUUGGCGGAAAUGACUGGCAAGAUCCGAGACCAGGGUGAAGAGUCGGUGGAAGAAGAUUGGAAAAAGUUUAAAGACCAUUUAUAGAGAUAUUGUAAAAUUAAGGAAUGUUAGAAAAAUGUUGGAAUGAAAUUAUAUGGCUUUGGCAGAAAUGUCAUAAGGAAUUAGGUAUAGAUAGGUUAAUAGAAAAUUAAAGGAAAAGUAUGGCAAGAAUGUGUUAAGAUAAUUAUAGAACAGAAAACAGAGUAAGAUGGAAAGGAAUUGCUGAAACAAUUAGAAGAAGUAGAAUACAAAAAGGGAGGUGGGAGGAGGUCGCUGGAAAUAAGUGAAUGAAAUAUAAGAUAUUGAAAAUGUUUGAGGUGUUUUUAAACUGUUUCUGCUUGUUUUUGCCUAGGGCUUGCCGAUCAGAAGGUCAUGGUUCGAAUCUCAGCGAUGGGGUGAGCUCCUGUUGCUCGGUCCCUGCUCCUGCCAACCUAGCAGUUCGAAAGAACGUCAUAGUGCAAGUAGAUAAAUAGGUACCGCUCCGGUGGGAAGGUAAAUGGCUACCUCGGCGGGUAAAGCGAGAUGAGCGGCGCAACCCCAGAGUUGUCCGCAACUGGACCUAAUGGUCAGGGGUCCCUUUACCUUUACCUUUACUUGAAGUACCAAACCACGAUGUAGCCGUGCUCUUUUCUUUUCUUUUUUUUUUUAAAUAUUUUUUAUUACAUUUUUCCAGAUAAAAAUACAAAAUCAGAUAUACAAAGAAAUAACAGAAGAGAAAAAAGAAAGAAAAAGAAAAUCAUCUUUUCAAAACAUUUUUCCAUAACCAACCGGACUUCCCCACGUCUCCCUCACCGUGCG